GACGCAAUGCAUGGGCGUGUUGUCAUGGCUGUGUUCUGCAAAACCUUCACAUAUAGUAAAUACUUAUUUGUACUAAAAUAGGCCAUGUCAGCGUUGGUGGUGGACAGCGACAUGGAUUUAUACUCUACCACAAAGUAAACACCCUUGACAAAGGCCCGGUGAGUAGCUACAACAUGACACAAGUUAUUUUUAUAGCGGUAAAAGGUGGUCAAACAUGCGUUAGCUAGCUAGCGUGGACGUUAGACGAGCUAGUGGUGCGCACCAUCCUCUCUUAUUCUAACGCCACGCAGGAUCCUGCUCCUAAUCCUGACAAUUUUCAGGUGACCUUACUGUCAAAGUAUGCUUAUCUUUUCAAUGGGUUACGAUAAAAACGCCUGCACCUCACUGCAGCGUUUCACUUCGAUAUAGAUUAAACAUGUCAAGGUUGCCUGUCAGAGACAGUCUUGGAUCUAUAGAGUUUUAUAUUAUAGUGAGCUAUAGGAGGUGUUAUCAUUUGAUGUGAAAGACAGGCUGCUAAAUUGAUAUGCUGUCAUUUUUGCUUAAAUAGGUAAUACUAGUGGUUGUAUGCCGGUUUAUCUAGAGGAUCCAAACCAUCAAUAUGUCUCAAGUGUUCUCCUCCAACAUUAUAUAAGUGUCCUUUAGAUCAACUUCAUCAUUUAAUGUCUAUGAUUGUUGAAUCAUGUUUGGCUGUGACACCAUCUCCCCAUCAGGGGCGUGUCCAGAGGUUUUUUAUUUUGGACAAGGGUGACCCAGCUGGGGCACCACACUGCAGGGGAGGGGUGUCACCAAGAGUAUCAGGAAUAUCUAAAUGUGAAAGUCCAGAUUAAAACGUUCCCUUGUUCACCACCUAAAGUGAUGGGACCCCUUAAGGACAAGAAGCCCCUGUGACAGAUGGGAGGUGUGAUGUUCCUGCUACGAAGUUUUGUUUAUUUAUUCAUAUUAUUAUUUUUUUUAUACUAUCAAUACAUCUAUGUCCAUUCAUAUCAUUUACUACUUUCUGCAUCUUCCAGCUGGUGCAGUUUGCAUGGUCACUUACUCAGUGCAAAAACAUGUAUGUUGCGAGUUACACUGCAAAUAGUCACGUCUGAGUUGAUAUAAAAGGCCUGUAGUAACUUAACAAAAUUGAAACUAUUUGUAUAUUUAAGAGAUUACAUGCUGGUUCGUACACAUUUAUACUGUAUUUCAUUUUGUCCAAGUCUGCUCAAUUGAAACAAUGAAGGCUACAGGCAGCCUGUUGCAACACAGCCCAAAUGAUUGAUUUUGACGCAGACUACUGAGUGUUUUGGUCGACUUUGCAUCAGCUCAGUUGCUCUUUGUUGGUUCUUUUAGCAUCCCUGUCAUCAUCGGAGAAGUUGUCAGAUACCUCAGGUUGUAUUGUUUAAGGUGGAGUGUUAUUAAGCUAAAAAGAGUAUCACUUCAGCUAUUUUCAGCAGUGAUAGAAGCACUGACAGAGAUUUGCACAGGACUUUGUCUUAACUGUAACAGCACUGUGUGUUGUACCAGGAGCUGUAGCUGCUACAUGAGAACUCACAUUUACAGCUGUCACAUCUCUGGUCAUUUGGCAGUGAUGAACUAGAGCCCAGCAGCAGCUGCUGCUACACCAGAACUGCAAGUGGUCAUAGUCAGGAUUGCUCUCAGCCACACCCACUUUAGGAGCAAAGUUUCACCCUGUCUCUUUGUCUUGAUGUGCCUUCCUGCCUCACUAAUCUAAAUCACAAUAAUCAAGUUUGAAGUGGCGACUGGCUUUCAUCACAGUAAUGAGUAGCUCUCCAGAGAAACAGAGGUGAUCUGCUGAUUCUUAUUAUGAGGAAAUGGGGAGAAAAUUGUUUGGAAGUUCUCAAGGUAAGACUGUUACACUUGGGAAAUCUAGGAGAAGAGUGUGCAUCUGUGUUUGCCUUUCUGUUGGUAAUUUUGGGGCAGUUGUGGAAAAAACCUGAGGCCUGUUUUUGUUUGUAUUUUAGUGUGUAGUCUGUGCGGAGGCCUUUUCUCAUAAAUUCUUGAAACGCAUUUGCGUCUUUAACAUGUUUCCUAUUAGCUGUUUGAGUCUGUCUGCUGACUAACCUCUUUGUGGAGGGCAUUUUUGUAAACAUGUCCACCUUUUUUAACCCAUCUUUAUUGAACUGAAGAAUGCUAACUUUUCCCUGAAACCUGUGAAGUUUGUUGGACAUUUUUUGUAGCUUAAUCUAAUAGGAAAUGACAGCUUUAUACAAAUAUAAAUGUGAGGCUUUGGCGUGUGUGCCAUUGUAGCACCAUAAUAGUUUUCUCCACAAACAUGAAGCCCAGCAGCAACAUGAAUAUUUUGGCUCGGACAGCAGAGAGAAGAAUUUGCCAUUUGAAUAACCUCUUGAUUUGACUGUGAUGGUGUGAUAUUUGUGUUUUUAGUUGUUGUUUUGGAAACAGUGUAGUCAUCUUUUCUCAGAUAAACAUGCAAUCAGUGAAACUUGAUCAUACCCAUAAUUCUUCUCCUAGAGGACUCUGACUUGCCGGUGUUCAGUAGUUAACUGAAAGCGUAUUUGGAAAUUUACCUCUGGUCUGUGUACAAGUGCUGCCUUUGAACAGCUGCAGCGUGCUUUGCCUAAGGUUGGGUCUAAUCACAUUCUGUAACAUGGUGUCGUGAAAGACAAGGUGCAGAUAAUAUUGAUUGAUCUUUAUCUGUCCUAAAUGUCUUUGGUUGUGUAAGGCUGUUUCAGAAAAGGUGAGAAUAACCGCGAUAAUAGCUGCUGAACUGUUGAACAAGAGUUGAGCAAUUUUUAGAUUAAUUUGAUGUGAAGUUUGCAGAUAAAUCUGGUGAUAUCUUGAUUAUGAAUGAUCUGAAGCAACCAGUCAUCCAAUAGAAAAUUAAAUAGUAGGGCUGGGCGAUAUGGCUUCAAAUCAACAUGAUACAUUGAGCAGUUCACCUCAAUAAUGAUAAAUGGACGAUAACUACUCCACAAGCUGCUCACCCCCUACCAUAUUAACUUUGUCUACUUCACCUGCCACUCCAGCCGCUCCAACUUUUGAACCGUCCUCCAUCUCCUCACCUGUCUUUCCCUCUUUGUUUCAAACUGGAUAGGGUGGAGUCAUGUCUCUGACAUAGGACAGCGUCUUAAAGGGACAUAGCAUGUCAUAGCAUACCUACACACAUCCAAAACCAACUUUUAUUGAUUUAUUUUUUUGACAUCAAAUAUACCAAUAUGGCAAGUUAAACUCUGCAUGUUUGUACUGUGUCACAUGAGCUUUAGCAGUUAUAUGGAAGUCUAACCAGAUGCAGCUUAUUACCUCAUGUUUAUGACUUUGAUCAAACUGCAUUAGGCAACAAGACACAAUCUACAAUCUAACCUCUUGGCUCUUUUACACCUGCAUACCAGAGCAUUAUUACAUUGUGGCAAAAGUAGGAGCUACAGCACCAGUUGGAUGCAGGUUUUAACAUAGGACCAGUAUUUCAGGUCUACAACAAUAAAACCAUCAAUAAUUCAUCUGGACUGCUUGUUAUUCUGGUGUCCAAUAGUGAGGGUGAUGAGGAUUAAUUGUUUAGUCUACUACGUGUACAUAACCGUAAUUAGGAUGUACUGUAUUACUUUGUGGAAAUAAAACAAUGCUGUGGGAGAAGGUUCACUUUUAUUGUCUAAAGGUGAGUUUACCCUGUGACAAAGGGGGGUGUUCAGUGGUUUCCUAUUUCCUUUCCAGUAUCUUUCGCAAGUAGUGUUCUAAGUACAAAGAAGACUGAUCCUGUCCUGUUGGAGUUAACACCUCAGAGUACGUUUUCUCAAACCUAAGAUACCUUUCCACAUUACUGAGAAUUCAACAGGAAUUAUAAAUUUGAAAAAAAAAAACGACUGUUGUGAUAAUUUGUCAACAGCUAAAACUUUUCCACCCUGUAUAGAUGUGAGUUGAUAGCUUUUGCAAUUGUAUGCUAAAGUCCAGGUGAAGUCAUUUGUUAGAAUUGAACUAAAACAUACAAAAUAUUAAGCAGAGCAUUAGUUUAAUUUGCUUCAGCCUGCUUGUCUCAGCUGCUUCCUGUGCAACUGCCUAGCAACCACUCCAGCUCCUCCUUUGAUGCUGUGUCUGAUCUCACCAGUGUGUGAUGUUAUGUGUCAUGUGUUGUUACUAGGGGUGGGAGAAAAAAUUGAUACAGCAUAGUAUCAUGAUAUUUUGUCUGGUGAUAUAUCAUAUCGUCUCAGUUACUCAAGUAUUGAUUUUUUCAAAUUAAUUGUUAAUAUGAAGUCAAAUCUAUCAUAAUGGAAAAAUAAAAUCAACUGUUUGUCCAGUGAGGUUGGCAGAGGUGACAUCAUAAAGCAGAAGAAAGUUAGUACAAAAAAAUACAGCACCACUUGGGGGGAGACAUUAGGAAUGCAAGCAUGGCACACAUGAGAUGGACCUGACACAUAAGGUUUGCAAGAUGUGCUACAUGAAAAUAAAAUACAGUGUUAAUUAGACAAACAUGUAGGACAGACAAAUGCUGUAUCAGCUAAACAGUUGAAAAAACUUGUGUAAAUAGCAAUAUAUUGUAUCGUAAUACUCACUGUAUUGCAAAAUGUUAUUAAUUGUGAUAAUAUCGUAUCGUGGCUCAAGUAUCAUGAUAAUAUCAUAUUGUGGCCCAAGUAUUGUGAUAAUCAUACUGUGGGGCCACUAGUGAUUCCCACCCCUAGUUGUUACCGAUGUCGACUUUGGUCUUCUCUGGAUUUUUACUGCUGCUGCCUGCCUGCCAUGUAUGCACAUGAAAUGAAAGGGAGGUGUGCCCUCUCCAGUUGCACAUGGAAGGACAGGGGGGCUCUUAGAACAGCCAUAUGAUUGCAUAGAAGUAAUAAUCCUACGCCAUUGUGUGUUUGAACACAUAUCUGUUUCUGAGUGUGCAUUCCCCAUAGGACUGGGCAAUUAUAUGAUCAUGAUCGUGAUAAAUUUCAGUUUGAUCUUGGUGAUCAGCUGAGAGCAUAUUUACACGCUCAAACAUAACGGACAUGUGCUUCACAACAGCCAAUCAGAGUCAAGCUUUUCCUGCUCACUUUUGUAAGUUGCUGGAGAAGUAAACAGGAGAAGUAAACGGAAUGACCGAACAUGGAACUAAACGCGGAGCUGAGGGCAGCAAGAUAGUUGUCAGCUGUGACUUUGAGUCAUCCUCCAAAGAUGUUAUUGUUGAGAAGAUAUUCAGCGUCGGUUGUGUGGCGGUGGUUCUGGUAUCUCCAAGGUGACGUUGAGUAAUUACGCCGAUGAGCAAGGUAUGUCGGCGAUCGGUGCCCUCAAAAACUGGCAACACAACAAAUCUGUUUAAUCAUUUGAAGAAGUAUUUCCCCAAGCGGAGUCUGUACAGCCUGCCACUGCUGACGGCACGAGUAGCAUUAGCAGUUUAGCCACAACUAGCGGUGCAGCCACCAGACCUAGGCAGCGAUUAAUCGUAUCAUUUACAUUUACAUCAUCUAAUGUUUACAUUUUAAGGCGUCUUCAUUAUCUCUGAGGGGGCAAUUUGUUUAUUUGGGGUCUUGCAUACCUGCAGAAACACUCAGGAAUGUGAGCUAAUUCACUGUAUUAUUUAAUAUUUACCUACAUAUGUUGUUCUGUUGAGUUAAAAUGUUUUUUAGAUUCCUCUAAGCGUAUCUUAUUCAGUUUGCUUUGUUAUUUACUUUGUAUGUUAAUAAAAUGUUGAACUAAUCUCUAGUUUCUUAAGUUUUUAGUACAGAUACUUUAAAACUAGCAGUUAAAAAAAAAUCAUGAUAAUAAUCGAGAUUGGACGAUUUGACAAAAUAUAUCGGGAUAAUUUUUUUUGCCAAAUUGCCCAGGCCUAAUUCUCCAUCAUCUUCUUGUUUGUUUGUUAGUCUGCUCUUGUGUAUAACCCCUUUGUGUGCAGGCCAAGUGGCAACCAACAGUAUUGAGAAAUGGAGCUGCUGCAGUAAUGCUGAAAGCCGCAGAUCCCUGAGUGCCUGCUUGAGGUCGGCUGCAGAAGCACAGGAAACCACACACACACCUAGCCAAAAUAAAAGCCUGUUUUCAUAGCUAAAAUAAUUAUGGUUCAAAAAACGGUUUAGGGCUGAAGAGCUUGGGGUUCCCACAGUAGCCAUUGCACUGGGGGGUUAGGAAGGUUUUUGUUUCUGAGAUAUUAGGGUUACAAUAACAGUGAAUCAGACGCAAGACUGACUUGACUGACAGGCGGACACUCUGUAGCUAUUUACGAGGGGAAUCAAAUCUCACUUUCUGAUAGGUUGACCUAAAGUUUGGUUGAGUCAGUAAUACCAUCAGCAAUAUGGCUGCCACCGCCAUAAGCUUCUGAGCUUGGCUUCACAAACAAAUGGGUCAUGUCACCCCCUCCAUGUCCAUUUAUAGUGCAGACAUAUGGUGCUGUUCUUUUAGUGCAAAGUUACUGCUGUCCUGGUACGCAAACUUUCGUGUUUUUAUUUAGUUUUGCAGAUAUGUGUGAACAUGGAAUACUUUUUUUGAUGCAAAGGAAAGACGUGUCUGUUUUUAAUGGGGCUCUUCUUCUCCAAACAUGACCUCAAAGUGAAACACGAACAUAUUUUUUCGUAGCUGUUAGAUUAUUUAUCAGAUCAGUGCAAAGACUGAUGUUUUCUCUCAUGCCCUGGCUGUUAUGGAAGCUUCUCCUGAUAUCACUAGUGUGAUACCAACCGAAUAAAUAUCAGUAAUCUCAGUCAUAUUGGUCUGUGUGCAUGGCAGCAGCCUGUUCUAAGUGGUAGGGCUGGGUGAUAUGGCCUCAAAUCAAUAUCACAAUAUAUUGAUCAGUCCACCUCGAUAAUGAUAAAUGAACGAUAUCUACUCCACAGGCUGCUCACCCCCUCCCACAUUAACUUCAUUUACUUAAGCCGCCGCUCCAGCUGCUACAACUUUUGAACCAUCCUCCAUCUCCUCACCUGUCUUUCCCUCUUUGUUACGGACUGGAUAGGGUGGGGUCACGUCUCUGAUGUAGGACAGCAUCUUAAAGGGACAUGAGACUAUAGCCUACCUACGCAUAUCCAAAACCAACUUUUAUUGAUUUUUUUUUUUUGACACUGAAUAUAUUGACAUGGGCAAAAUGAUGUCAGUUAUUGUCAUUAGUUUCGGUAUCUGUAAAUCUUUGGUUUAUCGCCCAGUCCUACUAAGUUUACAUAUAAAGCAGCAGGUCCGCAUAAGAAAGGAUGCUUUACAUCCCCAAAAGCUAAAUGAUCUUUUUCUUCACGCCUGUUCUCUGAUGGAUUGAUAAAUGUUUUAUGUAAGAGAGGUAAAGGAUGACUUUGGGCUUUUGCAUGGGUAGCUUACUGAUAGCACAGACCAGAGAGCAUUGAACAGGGCUGAAAUUGUGAGUGUUUGUCUUGGGUUUUGUAGUCCUAAGCAUGUUUGCAGUUCCCUGCAGUCCUUUGUAAUAUACUCGGGGUCUCACACAAAGCCUGCUUGCUUACCUGACAAAAUGAUUGGUUGAUCAGACACACCUUGCAGCUAUAUCCCAGCGCCUAAGCUUUUGUUUUUCCCAGGCUGCAUCAAGCCUUGUUUGAACAGUCCUCUAAGGCUGAUGAUUGCCAUGUCGGUGAGUGUGUGUGUUUGUGUGUGUGUUUGUGUACCACGGUCUAUUGGAAGAAGAGCUGUGUGAAUGAAUGCCUCCUUUUUAUAGGAUCUACACCAACCAGUCUAUUACAUGGACAGCAGCAGCUUUGUUUACAAGAUUGGUAGAGUGGUCUAAUAAACUUUGUUAUAAGCCUGUGUCUCCACCACUUCCUCAGCCCCUGCUCACUGAUUGGCUACUCAUGAGCUGGUGGCACCAGCUGUACGUAUACCGGUGUGUGCCAGCAUCAGCAGAAUGUCGUUUUGGCUGCAUUUUGAAACCAUAUUGUCGAUGUCAUUCACAGCUGUGGUCACUUUAAGGAGCAUUGUUUAAGGCUAAGGAAAGCACUAGGACACACACACACACACACACACACACACACACACAGAGAUCACUGCCCUCUUCUCUGUGAGUCUGGAGGAGACUGUUGCCGGCUCACCAGCAGCGGUUGCACAAACCGCAAACUUUGCGACAAAAAAUGAGAAUCACGGCAGGUGCCCAUUCAUCAAAAUCUCCCCCCAACCCCACCCCUUUUUCUCCCCUAUAACCCCCAUCCCCAAAAAAUAACAACGUCAAGCCCCUCCCCCUGGUAGGUAUUGCCCCUCCCCCCUCCCCUCUGUCCUGUGCCUGUCUGCUCAUUGGCAGCAGGGCGAGCAGUGUCCCUGCAGGCUAUGACAGAGAGGGCUGUACAUCCUUAUGUAGAGCGUGAUGCGCAUGUGUUCGUACAUAUUGAUCAGCAAACAGCGUGUGUUCGCUCCACAUGCGUGGCACAGACACUCACGUCACCUUGUGAUGGAUUACAGCAUCAGAGGAGUGCUAUGCGGGGCAAAGACUCAUUUGGCUGUUUUUAUGUGAGAAUGAGAGAACGUCAGCCUGAAUGCAGCGCUCGUCGCAAAACAGGCUCUCUCCCUGGCCAUCCUCCUCCCUCUCCUAUUCUCUCCUUCCUUUCCUUUUCUCUCCUCUCCUCCUCCACGGAGAUAAUCCUUGCUGACACAAGGCACAAAGGACUAAAUGCUGGCUGCAUCCUUCAGCAGCGGCAGCAGGAGCAAGGCUCUCUCCUCAUCCACCUUUACGGCCGGGCUGUUCGUCUGCACAGCAGGAGGCUGUUUCUCUAAGACUGCUUAAUACUGUAGAUCUCAUCUCUGGAAUACCGGCCUGGCUGCCGUCCUCCUCCGCCCCCUGUAUCCCCUCCUCUUCCUCUUCCUCCUCCUCCUCCUCCUCCUCCUCCCUUGGCCGGUUCAUUCAGGGAGCACAUCAGCACAGGGCUACAGCCCUGAGGAGGCGUUUUUUUAGCUUGCUGGGUGCUGGUAGGACCACCGGUAGCUUAUUUUUUCACCAUCUGAUGCGUUUGCACAGCAGGAUGUAAGAGCUUUCUCAUUUCUUUCCUAUUUUUGGCCGCUUCUGUUUUCACCCUGCUACUCAUCCCUAAACAAACAGGUAAACCAGCUAAACUGGACAUGCUUUAUUUAUCUAGUGAUGUCUGUUUGGGUGAUGCAUGCCUGUCUCGUGAGAUGAUGCUGUUCCUUCUUUAAGAUGGAUCUUUGCUCGGUGUGAAAUUAAGUAGAUUAGCAUAUCAGAAACAAGAUUAACCUUCUAGUUUCCUAUUUCUGAAAAUGACAUACGACUUCUUCUUUUUGAAUGUGGUUGACAUAUGAGCUGAUGCACCUUUUUGCACAUGGCAGAGUAAUUGCAAAGACAUUGUGCAUGCAUGCAGGCGUUAUGCAUCCAUGGCCAUGCUGCUACAAAUUAUGCCACAUGUCACUGCAGACUGUAGUAAAGCUAAGCAGGCAGGCAGACAUCUGGCUGGCUUGGCUGCUGUAGUAACUGUUUGUAUAACAGACUGGUUGUGAUCAAAAAGGCAAAAAAGGAAGGUCCUGAGCUGCAGACACUGAAAUAAUCUCACAAGAAUAUCCAAGUCAAAGUUGUGCCUAUCAGGGCAGAGUACAGGAGUUCUGAUUCAAUAUGUUGCAAUACUAUUUGUGCAGCAAUUAAGAGUGUCCUUCCUGACUCUGCAUGAGCCAUAACUUUGGAUGGAUACCUUUUCGACUUUUUAGAUACACUGUCACUGUCAAAUGUAACGCAGUAUCAACAUACUGUUUAUAGUGCUUACAUAAACACUGGUGACUCAACAGUGGCACAAGUGUAACCCCCUUCACUGCAAAGCUCAUCCCUGUAUGGUGACAUCCCGACACCUUCUGCUUAUGCAUAAUGCCCUUCAUUGCUUUAGUGACUGAAGUUUCUGCACUACAGGGUCUCUAUGGGAACAGACGAUGGAGGCCAAGGUGGUCUCUGAGCUUGAACCUCAUGAUAUAGCUUAACUGUGUUUUGUACCUGAGUGUGAAAAAAGGCAUUGUCAAAGCUGGCUGUGUGAAGAAUGCUGCAGCGCAUCAGUGUCAUACAGGGCAUCACCUCAUGUUUAAGUGAACGUUUCAGUAUGAUGGACACACUUUCCCUCCUUAUGUGAGACUUGGCUAAACUUUUGCUAAUUUGUGGUGGUCCACAAUGGUCGUCUGAGCUAGAGUGAAGGAACCCAAUAGUUGAAGAUGGGAUACAAGACAUAAUUUACUGCUUUUGACAGGCUAGGGUGGCAUAAUUUUGGACAAAAAUAAAAUCCAGUUUUUUGUUUCUUAGAAUUCGAUUUCAAUGUUUUAUUCAGUGACAGCUUCACCAAACUUCACUUUAAUCAUACGUUAUUCUAUCGUCUCUCAAAACAAAACCACGAAAAAUGCUGUAGUGUAUAUGCCAAGCCAGUAAGUGGCGCUGUAACGCUGCCCAGGAAAUGCACAAAAGAUAGAAGAAGAAUACAAAGCAUUCGGUAAAAGUUGUUUUGGCCGGACAAAACUUAAUAGUUUUCAGAAAUGCAGAUAGGCAUCCCCACAGAGAUGAAAUGGUAGUCGUGAACAGAUUUAUGCGCCCUCUGACCCAUUUUCAAAAAGUACCGUUUACAGUCACCUUUCCUUGUGGAUGAAACGCGGAUAUGACAAAAAACUUUUGCGUUUACUCCUGAUUUCGUUUCCGUGUGGACGGGUUGAUACCAGCCUCAGACAGGCUUUUGCAGUGGAAGUGGUUUGCUGUUCAUCGGAAACUGCAAAGCCGUACCAAUUUCACACGGCUGACUUGCUCUUGCCCUAUUUAGCCAUGAAAUCAUCGCCUUCUUUUGUAAACGCCAUGUUUGUUUGCACUGGUGUGUGUGGGUAGUGGGGAGCGCUCUCGCGGGAAGGGGGAGCCUACGGUGGCCUGGAGGUGCGAGAUAUGAUAGAGAGGAAAAUCAAUUCGAUGAUUUGGAUUUUUUUAACAUUGUCAUAAUUAAUAAUCCGAUUACAAUGUUAAAUAGAUUAAUCGUGCAGCCUCACGACAGGCAAUUGAUAAAGGCUCUCUAGACUGGUUCAAAUGCUUAGGUGUCUUGGUAUGUUGUUGCAUCUCUUUUGCAAACAGUAUUGAUUUUCAGUGAGCAGUUUUAUGAUCCCAGGUAGCCUAUUUGCAGCAUGUCUAAGGCCUGGAAUUACAUGUUUGAGGUUAUCAGAAGACAGCACAGCAGUUUUAGCACUGUGAGGAUCAGUAUCAAGAAGAUGCUCAUCAGGGAUAAUAGAGGAUUCAUUUAAGGGGGAUGAUUGUGUGUUAAAGAAUACCGUGCUGAUGAAAUGAUGUUAUCUCUGCUCAGCUUUGAUAAGAUGAAAUAGCCGUAGGAAAUCAAAGAAAUGAUCAAGGUUUCCUCAGACUGCUGAUUGUGUAACAGGACAGUGCCCCGUCACUGGACAAAGAAAUGCAGAUAAAUAACUCAGUCCUGUCACAGGAUCAGCACAGCUCUGUUGUUUAGUUAUUCCUCUUCCAGCUUGCAUGUUAUUUUAGAUAAGGCACCAGGCUUGUCCAGUCCUUGAACAACAUCUGUCACAUACUCAAAAAAAAAAAAAAAAAAGUCCACCCAAGCCGUGGAGAAAAGAACCACAUGUUCCAAAACAAAGAGCAAAGUUCACAGCAAACCAAAUACUGAGAAAGAGCCAAAAAAAAGUCCACUCCUCCUGCUGGCAUGAUGACAGUGUCAUACUGCUCAGGAUUUCAGAUGGCCCCGCUGGUUGAUCUGAGAUAAUAUCAGUAAGGCUUGUGGUGUCAGGGCACGUUGGAUUCAUACAGCAGCCAACAUGUUCAAAAGUGGGCUGAAGAUCAUGGGGAGUGAGUAUGAUUAUAAUCCAGGAUAACUUUGUGUGUGAUAAUCUCCGCAUAAAACCACGUACUGUGUUCUUAGAUGAGCUUCUUCGAGCUUGCUGUGGUGGAUGUUUUGCAAAGGGCUGCAGGGAUAAAGUUUGCUGAUGGGAACAAUCCUGACGGUAUCAAGUUGCUUUUCUAAAACUGUUGUUGCAGACAUCACACUUUAUAGAGUUGCCUUUGGACAAAGCUGACAAGACAAGAAAUUUUAGAUGUUAGAGGGGACAUUCUGUAUUUGUUCCAAUAUUUUAUUUAAUUAGGGGUGAUUAUUAUGAACUGGUGGAGUGACUGUAAGACUGACAUGGAUGGUUGUGAGUUUUAUCUUAGACCUGUCUCCCACAGGGACUCUGUCUAAAUGUGUUUUUUUACUCUUGGUCCUUAUUGAUUUUCCUGAAAGUCCUCGCUCUGGCCACCAGAUGUUUCUGACACAAACCAGUUCCAGCAGGUUUUCACUGAUUUCUCAUAUUAAUGCUGAUGAGGCUUAAGUCAAGAGGAGUGCUUGUAUGACUGCACUUUGCUGCUAAGUGGGGAUAUGGGACGGCCACAGCACAUGGCAGAGGACGUGCAGUCCAAGCAGGCCUCACACAGGAUCUGAUUGCCCAGGAUCUGCCAGUAAUAACACUCCUGUCUCCUUUUCCAGUUUGAUGCUGCUUAGAGUUGGUAUAUAGGUCAGCCUGUAUGUUGUUGGGUAAAGACUAUCUAGUAUGCUGUAUCUGAUAAAUAAUCUUCAAUGUCUGUAUAGGCAGUUCUGAAGUGUGUAGUUUGAGCAUGUCAAACUGAGAGAGGACUUACAUAGAGCUCUUUGUUGGACUGUUUUUCAGUUUUGCUCCCGCAGAACAAUCGUCUCGCUUCCUCUUGCUUCUGCCCAGAUUUAAUCAUGUGGUCUAGUGCUACACUAUUUGACAGUGUGUGCCUUUUAGUAACCCUUAAAGGAAAUACUUUAUUAGCCUCCUCCUUGUUCAUAUCUACCCAGUCAGUACAGAAUGGUAUACUACCAUUUUUUAUUUAUUAUUACACCAGCAGUGAUUAUUUCUUCUUCUGUUUUCUGAACUGGGACUGCUGAUAAGGAUUUAACAUUCAAGCCAGAUUUUUUCCAUCUCCUUUGUUUAUCAAAAUAAUAAUGAUGAAGCUUCACUGUUGUAUAAGACUUUGUACAUGAAGUAGGGGUGGGAAAAAAAAUCAAUAAAGCAUAGUAUCGCAAUGUUUUGUCUGCUGAUAUAUCGUAUCGUCUCUUUGACCAAGUAUUGAUUUUUUUUCAAAUUAAUAGUUAAUAUGUCAAAUCUAUGAUAAUAGGGAAAUAAAAUAAACUGUUUGUCCAGUGAGGUUGGCAGAGGUGACAUCAUAGAGCAGGAGAAAGUUAGAACAACAAAUAUAGCAGCACCUGGGGAAAGACAUUAGGAAUGCAAGCAGGUCACAAAUGAGAUGGACCUGACACAUGAGGUUUGCAAGAUGUGGUACAUGAAAAUAAAAUACUGUGUAAAUAAGACAAACAUGAAGGAAAGACAAAUGCUGAAUUAGCUAAACAGUUGAAAAAGUGGCCCAAGUAUCUUGAUAAUACCGUAUCGUGGGGCCACUGGUGAUUCCCACCCCUAACAUGAUAAGUUGCUCAGAGAGGUUUUAAGAACAUGUUAAAAGCACUGUGAAGAGUAGUCUUGAAGUGUUGUCCUGGAAUGAAGACUGCAUUACCCAUGAGCACCAUGGCUACCUGUUGUAGCAGUGUAGCUCCUUCCAAAAUGUACACUUGUUAAGGAAGCAAAUGAUUAGAGUACGGAUUUUUUUUUUUACACAACUAAGAUAUAGUCCAGGGUAAUGAGGAAAAGUACUGAUUUGUAGCUAUGCAAAAUUAUAAACUGUACUGUAUCCAUGACUACAUUGUGUUAACUCUGGUUUAUUAUUGUUAGAUAUCCCAUAAAAAGUCAAGGAAAAGGUUUUUUGGAACUAUAGAGCUGAGCAAUACAGCCCAAAAAAUAUGGUCUCUGAUUUUUUUUCACACCAAACUUAACUCAAAAUUCUGAUUUUUUUCCCUCUUUAAAAAAACUACAAAUGACAAAGAAAUGACUCAGUUUUUAGCCUCUGUUGUCAAACUAAAGUAAGCACCGUCAAACACGUGGAAUGCUGCAUGAUAAGACUGGACUGUAUGUUUGUGGUAGAAGAACAAAACAACAUCUUCUCCAGCUCCUUGUACAGGUUUUUCUACUGUAUAUACUGUACAAAAGGACACUUUAUCUUUAGCAGUGUGCAGCAUGAGCGCAUUCUUGACCUUGCUAAUGUUUGCUGCUUUUAAUCAGUUGUUUGUGGACUGUAACAGUCUCGUUCCAUGGUAAGAGAUGUGUCUCCUGCUCGGCUGCAUUCUUCUGUUCAAUAUGUUGAAAUAAAUUGGUUGUGCUGCUUCCUGCAGUUGCUACAGACUUUGGACAGACUUAGCAGCGGACUGUGGCUUAUUUGAGGUCUGAUGUAGCAAAACCAAACCAAUUUCAAAGAAGUAAUGAGACUGCACUGUUUUGGGAGCAGACUCCUCAUACAUGCUGGCAGCCAUGUUGUUGUGUCUGAAGGAAGUAAAUGAGAGAGAGGAUGCAACAUCAGGAACUUAAGGAGAACGGCUGAGGAAGUUAAAGAUUCCCAUAGUUUAUGUACAGUGUAUCACAGAUGCAAUGGAGAAUUGCAAAACAAAAAAUAUGGAGUAGGCUUGUCCAAAAUGGUUAAAGCCUCAUAAACAAGUUGAAGCUCUUUGAAAUGAACUCUUAGAUAAACUGAGAAAAGUCAGGCUAGCUGGGACUAUAUGGCGAGAACACAGACUAUAUAUAUACUAUGGACAACUUGGUUCCGCCUCCGGUCAUUAUACGAAUUUGAAGCGGAUUUGCUCUCGGUAUUUUCCGGGAUUUUCUUCCCUUUCCGGAACCACCACUUGCGCAGUAGCAUUUUACACAUUCGUCUGGAGAGUAACUGAGAGACAUUGUGAUGACGCUCAGCUCAAACAACGUAUCCCCUGAGUGAGCUACGCAGUCUUCACACACCCAUAGGCUAAUUCAGGUGUCAAUCAAAGAAAACAUGAACCCCCUAAUAACUUUUAAAAAUGGAGCUGCACAGAAAAAAAGAGGAUUUGAGCAUAAACCAGUCUUACUGUAACUACAUGUCAACAUUACAAAGGGGGGGGAUUUAUAUUCUGUGUAAUAAAUUUCUAAAGUUUGUUCACAGCUCCAUAGGAAUUGUUGGAGGAGACGGGAUUUAUGACUUAUACUGCAGCCCAUAACCAGUGGGUGCUGUUCUCACGGUGGCUUCACCCAGCGAGAAGGCAGAAGGCGUCCAUUCUAUAUACAGUCUACGGGCGAGAAGCCCGCUGUCCUAUGUUCUGGUAAAAAACCAAGCAGCAGAGCACUUUACACAUCUUUAUACUGGAUAAUUGAAAGGGGGGAGGGGGAUAUCAUGCUUUUCCACAUUCACAACAAAAACUACAAAGUUACAAAAAUUGGUGUCCAUACUGUAUAAUGUAUGUGAAGUUUCAAAUCACAAGGUAAACGUAUUUUGUCAUCAACUGAGAAAGAGACAGCAGCUAAAACGAAGCGUUUCAGAUGGAGGCUAAAAUAAUGAUAUUUUAAUACACCACUGUAAGAAAUUUGAGGUUUUUUUUUUUUUUUUUUUUUAUCGCGUAAAGAGGAAUCAGAAAGGAAAUUUUAGAGUCUGAAAAGAAAAAUCAUGAUCUCCCCUCUUAAAGCUCCAACACAGUUAUUUAAGUACAUGUAUGGUUUUUAAAAAUGUCAUAUAUAGUAGUUGAAAAAGUGGCAGUCACACUUUUGUGCCUUUUAUGGAAACGGGACAAUAUUCCUGUGUAUUUUUGGACUGUGUUUGUUUAUGGCUGUGUGUUUACCGGCGUUGUGGCCAAACGCCUUUCUUGUUGUUUGUGUGAAGGAGGUUGACGUUGCCCUCGCAGAUUGGCCCUCAGCAGUGUGUAUGACGGAAGCCAGUCCAUCUGUUAUUGCAGGCAGAGCUGUAAUCCUCCUGACUAAGUCCUCACUCUAUCUAUAAACUAUGAUUUGUCCAAUCUUUUCGGUUUUAAUUUCCAACAGAGGCAUGUGACUCAGCUGACUCCCUCCAAGUCACACUUCUUAUGAGUCAAAUAAUCAAUUGAACACACUGCUGUUUGACAUUUGGAUGGAAAUUAGCUGAUUAGACAUGGUUUUUCAACUAUUACAUAAUACUUUACAGACAAAAUUUAAACUGUUGCGUGUCUCUUAGUGCACCCCUGAGUCUGAGAGCAUCCUGUAGAUUUUUUGUCCUUUCUUUUAUGAGUCACACCAACAUUAUAGUUUUUCAGGGCAGCAUUUCAGUGAGCACAGAUUUCAGAGAAGUCGGGUUCAGUGUGUUGUUGCUCCUGCUACAAUGGAAACAAAUUUCGUCAGUGAGUCUGUUGGUGUAGCCCUGGAAUUUGGCCUGCUGGCUGCAGACAAGAGCACAAGAUAUGAAAAUGCAGAGGUAAACAGAGAAGUGUAAAUGCAAAAUUGAAGGUUGAGUGCACCCAGCUCAGACCAGCAGCUUGUUUGAGUUUCGUCAGCCCAGAUUGUCAUGUGUAUUUUUUCACGACCAAGCUCUAAAGGCUAAAAACGGUUCAAGGGUUUUGGUUGAAUCAAAAAAGUGGCCUCUAAGUCUGUUUCACGAACUCCUCAUUGUGGUUUAUUAGUUCCUCAAACACCUCAUUUCCUCCAGAUAAACUGUGGUAAAGGGUGAUGUUGCGGCUCUUAGUGUGCAGCACCAGUAGAAACUUGUGAACAGCAUCUUGACACAAAAUCCUGUCGACGGGUUGCUGGUUUUGUUGCUUUUGCACUGCAGAAGGGAAAAAAAGAAACAGAUCAUUCUUCUUAUCACCUUUGAAGUUUCCAGCUACUAGUUGAAACUGAAGUAACAGGUGACCUAAACCCCACAAUUUGACCUGAAGAGGUGAGGUCACUCCCUCCCCCAGAUCCCCGUGACUCAUCAAAUCUGGACAUUUUAAGCAGCUACUAUACAUAAAAAAUUAACAGAGGUUACCUACCUAACAAAUGUACUGUUUUUGUUGAAUUAACAGAUAACAAACAAUUAAUCUGACAGUCCUCUCACUCUGGUUCUUAGGAUCGAUUUAGAAUUUUUAUUUGUUGUGUAAGGCUUUAAAUGCACUGGCUAAUCUCUUUCACUAUCACUCUCCACUUAGACCUCUGAGAUCAACUUACCAGCUGCUCCGAAGAUCCUGAGAUCGAAAUUGGAGAACAGAGGGGAUCAAGCUUUUGUGGUUUCUGCUCUCAAGCGAUGAAACGGUCUAUGGUCCUGACCAUAUCGGAACUUCUCUGACUUUUUAAAUAUUUUUAAGUCACUGCAAAAAAACCAUCUUUUUUAGUAGUGUCCCGAUACAAUUUUUUUUUCUUUCCAUACGAUACCAAUAUUGCAAUGUCUUUUUCUGACAUCACUCCUACUCCUUGCUACUUUGUUAGUAUCUCAGCACACACUGUUGUUGUGAUCAACUGGGCUCUGCAUGCUGGAUCCGAGUCCUGCUGGAUAGAGGUGCUGAAGCGGAAUCUGGAAAGGACUGCUUGUAUCAGAGUGCUGAUAUCGGAGAUUUUAGAUGCAGGCCGAUACAAUCCGAUAUUUGUUUUUUGCUGAUAUCGUACCAAUAUCAAUAUCGGAUCAGGACAACCCUAGUUUUUAUUUUGUUUUUGUGGAAAUAGGUAUAACUUGACUUGUUUUUUGGUAGAAGAGGGGGAUGAAAUGAGAUGAGAUGCAGAGAAAAAGAUGAAUUGUUAUGAGGUAAAAGAAUCAAAGGUGAGGGACUGAAGAUGUAAAACUCAAAAAGAAUCGAUGAUUGUUACAGUAAACAUCUAAAAGAGAGACGUCCAGUGUGUCUGCUCUUCAAAUACUCCCAUAUUACCGAGUAGCUCCAAUGAUCAGCAAGGUCAGGCUUACAGAUUGUGCAGGCAGCUCUUUUCUCUGCAGUGUCUGGGGAAGUUUUGAGACACAUUUUGCACUGGCCUCUACCUUGUUUCUGUUCUUUAAACAGCUGUUCCUCCUCGGUUGUUGUUUUACAUGUGCUACACAAAGCAGAGAUAGUAAAGAUGCAAGAUGUCUCACUCCUGAGUAUUUUAUGUUUUUGUUAACCUUUUGCUUCACGGUCACUGCUUGGCGUGUGCCACUCUCCGUACAGAUAGUGAAAAUGCAAACGUCUUACUCUUCAGCCCAAUUUUUGGGGACAAAUCAUUGCACCCCUAGCAUGCACAUAUAGAUACUUUUAAAAUCCAUAUCCUGCAUAGUCAUGCAGAAUAUGAGUCACAUAAUCAGGGCAAAAGAUUCAAUCAGGCAUAUAUUUAACAGUUAAUCAGACAGCAGAAGGUUGUCUUUCUAGAGAACAGUUGAGUUCAGCGAAGAGGGAGGGGUCUGUAGGGGUCACUCAUAUCACUGCAAGUGACUUCACACUUAAUUUAUUGAAGAGCACCAGAAAAAAAGAGGUGUACUGAGUUGAGCUUUAUUGCCUUUAUUGUAUUUAUUUUUAAUUCUAUAUCGUUUACAUGCCAACAAUAUUAUUAAGGCUUUAAGUUUAGGGGCUUGGUGGCUCUCGAUUGCAGUGCAUAAAAAUAUGAACAUCCAUCCUAAAAAAGCUUUCUGCAAGGUUUUUAGACUGGAUUCUGUCUGUGGUAGCUAGACUGUAUUAUUUUUAAAGUAGUGCCUCUGCUCAACUUUCCACAGCUCCUGUCCCAAAUUUCAUCAGGAGGUAAUAACUUGUUGGUAUGUAGUAAUUGCUCUCUGCUGUUUGGGAUGCAAUUUUGGGAUUAGCUUUCAUUUUCUGGCAGUGACCAUCUGUCAACGCCACAAAAUAGCAGUGCACUGGGAUUGAAGAAGAUAAAGGUUUUAUUACUAAAUGUUUUUCCAAGUGAGCUUCUUCUUGAAUCUGUCAGUGAUGUUUUGGAUCUGUCAGUGGUGUUUUGGAUCUGUCAGUGGUGUUUUUGUAGAGAAAAAAGAUGAGUAUCACUGUUGGAAAUGUUGACAUUGUUGUGUAGGUAAAGUCGUCCCAUGCAUUCCUAGUGUUGUGUCUGCUUGUCAGUGCUGGUUCUGGUCUAUUUAAUAAUGAUAAGAUAUCAGUGUGCUCGGCCUGAAGUCUCUCUGGAACAACACGCUGUGGGGGUAGCAGAGUGGAGGAGGUGGUGGGGGUAGUGGGGUAGUUUUAAAUGUAGGUGGUAGGUUAAUAAUCUUUCUGUCUACCUCUGUAAAGUCUCUCCAGCGUGCACCAGAGGGGCCUGCUUUGUAGGAAAGAUCUGAAGUGUGAUAGCCAUCACACAUCCUCCCUCUCAGGUUUAGGUGUACUGGUUUUAAGUCAUUUACAGAUUCACCCUGACUUUAUUCUCAGUUAUAUUUCACCUCACAUUUCCUGCACUCGUCCACACCCAGAGGGCUGGUAGCUGCACAUGCUGUCCCCAGCCUGUGACAGCUCCUCUGUUUGCUGCUGAAAUGUUUAAUGAUUAGGUGGGAUAUAAUUCCAUUGUAUAAAAGAGGCUAAGCUGUCAUUUUGGACGGAAAAUGGAACAUAAGCAGGCUGCUUUCCCUCCUUUGAUCCCCUACAUCCCAUAUGCUUGCCUGCUUAGGCAGAUGCCUUUAAUACCAAAAUGACAUUGUAAUCUUGAUAAGCGUGCAAGUGUAAUCUGAGCCACAUUACAGACAUCUGUCUGCCUGGUUAUUCACUGAUUUCUUUUCAAACCAAACUCCCUGACUGGACUGUCGGGCUCUGCAUGGAAAACACAGACUCGAGGCAAAAACAAGGUAAAUAGUGGAUAUUGUCAAGCUGAAGGCUGUUUUCACAGAAAGAUGGAUAAACUUUAAUAGAGUGUUUUCCUAGAAAACAAUUUCAUCCUAUCUUUCCAUAUAUAGAUUAUUUAAUGCAUUUGCACUGCUCAUAAAAAAAGCUCAAAUCCUUUCAAUUUAGGUUAAUGGUGAUUGCAAACAGAGAAAUGAUGGAUUAACGUCACCAUCUGCUGAGGAAUGUGAUCAGAUGUGUGGUAACCAGCAUGGUGCUUGAUUUCACUGUGAGCUCUUGUCUGCAUGUUCAGACUCUCCAUGCACUGAUUUUCAGCUCUGCAUAUCAAAUCUACAAACGGCAAACCACAUUGACUUCUUUGCUACUACUGUUAUUCUGAAGGUUAAUAAAUGUCUGUGUAAGUUAACAUAAAUUAAUCUUCUUUGGUGCUGAUACCACAUUAGCAUACCCACCAUUAAUUAGCCACACGUUACUCUUGAUUGACGUAAUGACACUGCGCCUCUUAGGCACUAGUAAUCAACCAAUAGUCACUGUAUUGGCAAAUGAAACAAGAAGCAACCAAUAUUUUGGAGUUGUGCACAUGCUCCCAAAUACAUUUUAAGUCGUACAGAAUAAACUUUUGGAUGCAUGGGCAACCUAAAUGAUCAAAAUUUUAAGCCUCAAUUUGAAAGUCUUAAAUGCCGCCAAGGCUUAUGCUAAUGAAAGCUCCAACAAGGUGAUUAUGAAAAGAACUGACAUUUUAGUUAACUGACUAGUUUAGAGGUAAAAAGGACUCGGAGAACAGUCAACACUGAGCACCAGAAGUUUGUCGUUACAUGGGUUUACAUCGUCAGGUGGUAAACAGUAUCAAGUGGUUUGUUGAGUAUGCAUAAUGGAUGCCGUGCUAGCACUAUUAGCCUGUAAUCCUCCUUGUGGUGGUUAUGCAUUACUCUGGUCAAGUGAAAAUAUGGCAGGCAAACUAGACAUACAUAACCUUAUCUCCAUAUUUUAUGUCUUUCGAACUGCCAUCUAUGCUUGUUAACAUCUGGUUAGAGCAUUGCAGUAUUAUGGCACUGGCCCCCUAGUGGUAGGUGGCAGCACUGCGAGUUCGACACGACAUAUGACCAGAUUUUCAGAGCGACAUUUUGAAAUCCUCUUUUUUUCAGACUUUUCUGCUGUUAUUUAAUUUUUGUAAUAUUUUUUGAAAUGUAUUUUAAUGGUGAUAUUUAUCAAAAACUAUGUGAACUAGGGCUGGGUGAUAUGGCCUCAAAUCAAUACCAUGGUAUAUUGAGCAGUUCACCUUAAUAAGGAUAAAUUGACGAUAACACUCCACAAGCUGCUCACCCCCUUCCACAUUAACUUCAUCGACUUCAGCCGCCGCUCCAGCUGCUACAACUUUUGAACCGUCCUCCAUCUCCUCACCUGUCUUUCCCUCUUUGUUACAGACUGGAUGGGGUGGAGUCACGUCUCUGACGUAGGACAGCGUCUUAAAGGGACAUGAGACCAUAACCUACCUACUCAUUUAUUUUUUUGACACAGAAUAUACUGAUAUGGGCAAAAUGACAUCUGUUAUUGUCGUAAAUUUCAGUAUUGGUAAAUUUUGGUUUAUUGCCCAGCCCUAAUGUGAACUCAGUAGUUUGUCGUCCCUAUCAUGCCUCUCACUGAAGCUUUAGCAUGAACAGUAUGUUUGAUCUUAGCUGCUUAAAGAUGCUUGUGUAGUAAAGGGUGUGACUGAGGAAGCAGUUUGUUGAAAUCAGCUGAGUGAAAGAUCAAGUCUCUAAAAUGCUCCAGUUUUCUGUGAGAAAUACAAGUAGACUCCCCUGUCUGUAGUCCUUGUAUUGCGAAGAUUGUGUAGUGAUAUAUUUGUUUCCCAAUGCCAUCAUCUGACAAUUUAACUGUUAAUUGUCUUUUUUUAGGGUUUUGCAGUCUUUAUAGUUCAGCAUUGGAAGAACCUCAGUGUCUAGUUUAAACAAAGUAAGAUAAUUGUAAUGAUAAAAAAAAGAAUCAGUUUGUAGUGGAGGCAAUGUGACUGAAUGACAACAACAAAACCUUGUGUUUGCUCCUGAGACUGUGCAUAUGUCUGUGCUGACUUGGAGUUACUAUCACAGUAAACUGAAUAUUACUGUGAUCCACUUUGUUCUGAAAAAGGAAAGAAUUCAAAUUAUAACUCCUGCUCUAUGAUAAGGAGCCAGUUUGCUGCUAUUUUCGGACUUUUGGCAGCACUUAUGGACAACUGUUUCCAGUGUCCUUCAGUUUUACAAGCUUGCAGCUUUUCUUUUCUGCAACGUCUGAAGCAGUUUUGUUGCAUGAUCAGACAUGGAAAUAAAACUGCAGCCUUGCCAAAAAAUGCUGUAAAUGAGUUUGAAGCUUGUUAAUAAAGAGAAAACACUGCAUCAGUGUGUAGAGGAACAUUACUUAUGUGUCACAUGUGAUGAAUGGACACAAUUUCUGCUGAUGAUCAAACUUCAAUGAAAGUUCCUCUUGACACUAUCAUGCUGACUCAAGCUGCCAUAUGAAUCUUUUUUCUUUCCACCCUGUGUUAGUUUUUGAUUUCCAGCACCCAGCGUCAUUCAUUCACAACAGCAGAGUCAUCAGUCAAUGGUGAGAAAGUGGGAGUUCAUCACUUCUGUCCUUGUGACAUGAUUUGUACUACUUUGUGUCUUCCUGAGAGAACGCUUUAAUGAUUUAUGGCUCAUAGUUUCAUGGCUGGUUUGGGAUCAGGUUGAAGCACAUGUGGUUGACUGAAACGGUUGGUAUGAAACAAAAAGUCAGUGGCCUGUUCUGCUAAGGAUGUAACUACAUGUUAUGUGUGUGUUUGUGUGUAUGUGUCAGGUCAGGGCUUGAUUAGCACAGCAGGGCGUAGCACUCAUGUCCAGCUGCUCUCUCCAGAAGUGUGCCAUAAUACACAGCAAGGACUCCACUGAUUGAUCCACCAGCAGAGGGAAAAACGCGGUUUAGAAAUUAAUGAGACAUAUGGCAUGUUGCUUCUCAAGUCCCUCGACUGCCUCUGACAACAACACACAGGUUGUGUGAUUUGUUUGCUUGUUGAAAGUGGGGAAAUGAACCUGGUGGUUUCUACAAGUUAGCAGAGAUCAAGGAUGUGCAGCAUUGACUCUGUUGUGCAAUAUAAUGAUGUUACAUCCAAUCCGUGACUUAAUUUGGGCCUGAAAUCCAUUCAUCUGUACUAUGUGGUAGAAUUUAGUGAGAAAUGACCCCCAUGAUUAUAAAAAUUUGACAAUCCAGACUAGGGCUGCACGAUAUAUCGUUUGAGCAUCGUCAUCGCGAUGUAUGUGUGUGCAAUAGUCACAUGGCAGAGCCUGCGAUGUCGGAGGUGAAUGAACUCAGUUAAUUUCAAGGGUAACUGACUGAGAUACACUGCAUGUGACUCUGAAUGUGCUUUGCAGCGAUCCACCAAUCACCUUCGUUCUUUAUUCAGUUGCCAAUCAGACUCAGUUCUCAGUUGCCAAUCAGACUACCCUGCCAGCUGUCAAUCAAAAUCAGAGAGGAGGAAACCCACCCCUGCACAUGUCCUGCACAUGGAGGGAGUCGCUGGCGCUACCGGAGUUGAGCCGAGAAACGUGUGUCCAAUGAGAAUUACUUUCGGAACAUUACUCAUCACUGUUUAGCCCAACAAAUAAGAGCUGUAUGUGUUUUAAAUUGUACAUUUCCGUGGACCACUCUACUAUAAGCAGGGCGCUUUUUGUGAGGUGCAUGCAAUUCUCGGAGGACAUGCGUUUCUCAGCACAACCCCGGUAACAACAAAAACAACGAUUCCAGACUGAGCAACAAACAGAGAAAACCACAGAAGAUGAAGACUUGUUGCCAAAAAAAGAAAAGGAAAGUCAGUUAUCUGGAAUUAUUUCUCUUACAAGAAGGAUGACGUCGACCAAAACACGUGUUCUGUGUUCAUCUGUUGCCACAAUAAUGUCCCAGCACAAUAAAAGCUAAAAAUAUCUCUGAGACAGACAGAAGCCAUUCUACUAACAUUCACAAAAAGAGGUAAGAUCAGAGCAGGUUAACUGUCCUCAAGAUUUCAGCAGUGCAGCACAACAUUAAGUGCUAUUCAGGUCAUCUGGUGAAAAUUCCUGUAUUUUUUAAUAUCACAAUAUAUAUCGCAGGGUUGAAAAAAAUCACGAUGUUAGUUUUUUUCCAAUAUCAUGCAGCCUUAAUCCAGACUAAACACAGCAGUGUUGUCUGUUGUGUUGCUCUUGUUUUGUUCUAUGUGUUGAAUGAAGCAAACCUUUCCAUGAAUAGCCUUUACUGUCACUUCAUAAUAAGAUCAAAAUCAAACAAAGCUUAAUGACAUCAAUGGUGGACCACCUUAUCGCAAACACUUGUGCAAAAGUGGUACAAACUAUCAGGUGAGAGAGGAGAGCAGGAGAAGAGGGGAGGGCAGGGGGAGAGAGACGAGAGCAGCAGAGAGAAGGGUAGGGGGAGAAAGAAGUGUAGGGGGAGAGAAGAGAGCAGGGGGACGGAGAAGAGCGGGGGAGAGGGGAGAGCAGGGGGAGUGAAGAGGGCAGGGGGAGAGAGGAGGGUAGGGGGAAGCAGUUGUCUGAAAAGCCAAGGGACAGAAUGAACAUGACAGGGAAGAGUUUUUGAGUUUUUACGAGUUUUUUUAAAAAGUUGCAUUUUAAAUGACUGUGAUGCAGAUGUGAAACCAUGGGUUAUUGUUUUGAUUGAUUGUAAUAUCAAUAUCAAUGAAAACGAUUGUGAUUAUGAUUUUUGUCAUGAACCAGCAGCCCUGUUAUGUGAUGGUUAUUUGCUCAGGGUCAGAUGGUUAGAUGCUGUUGAAAGUCCUAACCUGUAGAACAUCAAAGAAACUUGUCCAAAUGAUUAAAUGUUGUCACCCCCUCAAGUUGUCACCAGAAUUACUCAUCACUUAAAUGAGUUGGAUAUAUUUUUAUUGUGGCAGUAGACUUAAAAAUUCGGUUAUGUGUAGCAUAGCCACCCACGGGUUUAACAGACAUUGUACUGGUUAAUGGUAACGGCUGUAAUGGUGUUUACUCCACUAUAACCAUGGAUGCAAACAAGCACAGAUGACAGAUAGCACAUCAUGGCACAUCACAGUCUGGCAGUAUUUUGAUCUGGAGAAUUGAGGUAAAUUGGAUGUAGGCUGUCUCUGACUGGCUUGCAUGUGGCACAGGUUUGUUGACACCACCUAAAGGCUGAUAGUGCUGACUCUGCUAGCAUUAGCCACACUCAGGUGACUACUUAAAAAACCCAGGGUCUUUGUAAUCCUGUGUUUGGCCUUGGUAACUCGGUCAUGCCCAGUUUGGACUUGUUUCUUCUUACUUUCUUAUCACUUGAAAAGCUGUGACUUGCAUAUGUAAUAUUUCCUGCACAGACAGAUCUCAUCAUUGUGGCUCCCCAGCAUGAGUAUGGUGCCAGAGGAAGAGAAGUUAUGUGUGCAUGUGGUAAAUUGUUGCUGCAUUUGUUUCCAGGUAACACUUUUUUAUUUUCUCUCGCCUCCAGUCACCCCCGAUCUGUUCCCUGAAACACCCCUGGUUCCGUCCCUGCCUGCAAUAUCACGAGCCAGCUCUGUUCCUCAGAAACCUCAGAGGCGCAGCAGCGGCGGAACUGACAGCGCUGCCAGGCCCCGGCCGUGUCGCUCAGCCUCCAGGCCAGGCCCCAGCAGAGGCAGCAUGGAGGUGGGCAUGCGCGUGGUGCGUGGCCUGGACUGGAAAUGGGGAAACCAGGAUGACGGAGAGGGCCACGUAGGCACUGUAGUGGAGAUUGGGCGGCAGGGCAGCACCACCACACCAGACAAGACAGUGGUGGUACAGUGGGACAGCGGCACACGGACCAACUACCGCACUGGUUACCAGGGGGCCUAUGACCUGCUGCUCUAUGACAACGCCCAGAUUGGUAAGUGCCCAUGUUCAAAGGUCAUCAGAAACCCUCGAGCUUGUUAAGUUCAAAUACACACAUGACACACACAAAUAUGAUAUCUGAGUUUUCAGUUUCAAGCUGAAGUGCAAAUCCCAACACUAAUGCAGAAUUAGUUCAGCAAGAAUCCACAUGCAGUCAGUGCUCAGGUCUAAGUCAUCUGUGCUGGAGUCCAGGUCAAGUCCUGAAAAUCACAACUUGAGUCACCCGUGUGUCUGAGUCCUGGAUUUAAGUAGCACAACCCUGCUCUGAGGCAACUGUACCAACUCAACCCAGGCUGUAUGGUGUAAGAACAAGUGUUUUUAGGGCAGGGUGGGAUCAAAAGACCAGUUUCCUUAUUCCAACUCUCUGUCCCAAAACUAUUAUUUUGAUGUCCAACAGUGUUUAACUGCUAUAGAGGAAUAAAGGUGUGUUUUUUGGGGGGAAUGCAAAAUAUUGUCAAUUAUCCCUAUCAGCCAAAUUCCAUAAAUAUCAGUAUACUGUCUUUGUCAAUAUCACACACCCCUUAUAAUUUGCAAAACCUCUUUACGCUCCAGUGAAAUGAAAGAAAUCGCUCAGUUUCAGUGUUGUUCUAAUGAUAUAAAUCAAAACCACAAAAUGAUUUGGUUUAUUUCAAACAUCAGGUAAAUUCUGCUCUUAAGGCUGAAAGUGUGACCAAGCAAUAAAUGCGUGCAACCAUAUAUCUUUGUUUGCUUUACUGAACACAUAUGGUUGUUGUAUCCUAAGACUUGGUCUCUGUUUGACAUGUUUUGAACUUAUUUAUAAUUCAUAAUCGUGAAGUUUAGUUCACUGAAAAAUGUCUGUUCAUUUGAUUAGAUGAUAAGAGACCAAAUGAAUCCGUUUUAUUCACAUCCUGUCUUUUGCUGUUGGGGUUACAAAAAACUAUUAGGUUAAGAUGGGUCUGUUGACUAGACAACAUUAAAAGCACCUUUUAAAACCGAUUUAUCAUCAUUACCCUUGGUCGCUUGGACUUUUCAGAACUCUGAAUUUAGAAAUUCAUUUUCAGCUCCAAUAAUCAAUUUUCAUAGCAUGCCAAUUAAAAAUCAGUAAAAACAAAGCUUCUCUUUUGGCCUCUUUGGUCUCAUGUUUUCUUUAAAAGCUAUUUUCUCAUGUUUAUCUGAUAUGUUUUUCUCCAGCUCUCCUCUACUUUCACAAAGCCCGUGUUGAGAUGGCCUGAUACAGUUUGGCCUAUCUCUCAUGGUCAGCCAUCCAGCUCUAUUUUGGAAUUGAAUGACACACACAUUAAUGCAGGACUCAUUAGGAUUUUGCUCCAUUUAAAGCGACAUUUUUCUGCCUCAGAAGCUUGCCCUUCAAUUAAUGGAGCAAAUGAAGAGGAGGAGGAGAGAUGAGGAGCUGAGGGGGUUGGGGGUAUUUUUGUCGUGCUGUUUGUGCCUCAGUUCUUCCACAUCUCAUGAUAUUAGCCAUUGUGAAAAGUUACAACCGUAAGGACAUGACAUAUGCCUUGAAUGCUUCAGUGACCUGCAUAUCACAGAUACAGAGAGGAGGAUCCUAUUUACUCGACAGGACAUGACAAGUUCCUUAGACUUUGUUUCAAAUGAAACGGAAAUGGAGAGAUGGAGACCCAGCUCAUUUCUCUUCUCUUUCCCUCCAGGUGUGCGCCACUCAAACAUAAUCUGUGAUAGCUGCAAAAAGCAUGGCAUCAUGGGAAUGCGAUGGAAGUGCAAAGUGUGCUUCGACUAUGACUUGUGCACCCAGUGUUACAUGAACAACAAGCACGACCUGAGCCAUGCUUUCGAGCGUUAUGAGACAGCACACUCCCAGCCGUGAGUACUACGCCGCCAAUUCCCAGACAGCUUUGUCAUGUGAAUUCAUGCAUCUGGUCUGUCUUUUUUUGCCUAACCGGUUUUGUUCAAAUCCAGUUCAUCUCAUAGGAGUUAAGACCUGACUGACCUUAUUAAUUUCCCAAAUUAACUUGUCUGCACAUGCCUUCUGAUCUAGGUUGUGAUAUUAUCAGGUUUCAGUGUUGUUGUGGCUUUGUGCUGCUGUCUAAAUAACGUCAGAAUUUCUUCCCAAAAUGCAGAAUUUGUACUGAAUGGAAAAUCUGGAUUUAAAUCAAUGAAGACCACUGAGUUUUUAAGUGUCAUAUGAACAUGUAAAGAUGCAUCCCUUUUGCUCUCAGACUCUAGGAAGUUUAAAAAACUCUUUCAUAUUAAGAAAAAUGAUAAUCCUAUCCAGGGAGGCAUAUUUACUGUCUGUGCACUGUCCUGUCCCAGCUCAGAACAGAAUUCAUGCCGAUACAUCUGACGCUGAUGCAAUAGCCAUUAAAAAAGAAGUGAUAUAUGACUAAUAUUGAUGGAAGAUUUUUACAAUCAAAAACUGAGAAUUCAGAGGAAUGAUUUUAACAAAGCAAACUGAGAGCAAGAGUAUCAGCUGUGUGUUUGUAAAGCAGAGGAACCCAGUGAGCAUGAAGUGUAAAGCUGCAGUGUUAACAAGCAUGAAUGAUCAUUAACGAGCAUUACUGAGUGUUAAUGAGCCUUAAUGAGCUAACAGUGACCUUUUGGUCUGUAUUAUAACAAGAUACAUGCGCGUAUGUUAUAGGCUGAUGCCUUCCAGCUAUAAAUAUAAAGGCCAAAGACAGAAUGAAAGGGUUACAUCUUUAACUGUGCUCUGCUGCAAUGUAUGUCACAUAAUAUGCAUGUUAUUACCACUUUGAGAACACACUGUACAAGAAUCAAAGGUCCUUUGUUCAAUUAUAGACCCUCAAAAUUAUCAGUGAGGCAGAGAUCUUAUAAAAUCAAGGCUGUGAUGCUGUUAAAUGCAAUAUUAUAAUACAUUUUUAAGCCAAAAAUGCCAUAGGAGAUAUUUUUUGGUUCAGUCCAGCGCUGUUUACACACACAGUGUCCUAAAAAAAAAAACAGGAAUAAAAUAAUGUCCCUUUAAUAGAAAAUAAUUAUGAUCAUCAUGAUGUACAUAAUCGUGUAGUUGUAGUGACUCAAACAUUGCGCAAGAGUAAUUAUGUGUUUAAUCCUGUCUUUGCUUUAAUCAGUAAAGUCUGCGUUUCAAGAAUUCUGGAUGACCUCUCAGGAUGAGUGUUUUAAGCUUGUGGCUGAGAAAUGCCUUUACUCUGAAACCAAGCUAUUCUUAUGUAAUCUAAUAUGUCUUUAAUUCAGCGCAAUGCAAUGAGUUUUAUUCCAGCAAGCCUUGUUCACAAGCAAACCAGGGUCAUUUAAACUUAGUUGACCCUUUCACAUUAACAUUAGACAGAAUUAUUCGACUUAUUUCUUCAUGUAAAGGUCUUAGUAAGGAGGUAGUGCUCUGUGCCGUGUCUGUAAGCACUUUUAAAUUGUUGUUAAUCUAGCAGCAGACAUUUUUAGCAAGAUUUGCACAGAAACAAAACGUGCAGUUGUUUCUGUGUGUUUAGUCAGCUUAGGCAAAUCCCGCUUGGCCUUGCAGUGGAUAAAUGUUUAGUGAGCUGAUUCCAAGUGUCCCGUGUAUCCAGCUCUCCCUUCAGAAUCCACUCUUCUGCAUCAAUUCACAGUAAAGCUCCAAACGGCUCCAGGCACCGUCUGAAUGUCAGCUGGAUGGCCUGUUCUCUUUUUAACGAGGUGAUAUGUAUGACCCAGAUAUCUUCUAUAGUUUGGUCUGGUCCAGGUCCAACUCAGUUCCAUUUAUUUUCUGGAUCUUGCUGCCCAAGACUCUGUGAAAAUAAUGAUUGCCGUCAUGAUUGUCUGACCUGAAAUUCUGACUUGUACUUUUAAAAAUGAUCAAUAGUUAAUUCUCUCAAGUUAGGAAACCAUAAAUUCUUCUGGAGUUGUUGAACCAAUCGUGUGUUCCUAAUGAAAGGAAUGUUCCCUGAUCUAAACCUGAACCUUAAUGAUCAGAGCGAAAUAAACAGUAAUAAACAAACGACCUUCAGUCUUUGUCAGUGUCAGUGGUUGGUUACUGUGUUGCCGGCUGAUGCAUCUUGAUUCACAAUUUGUUUUCUCUUCGAAGAACUACAGGCUUAGAAGAGUGAUUAUUUGAGCAAUCUUUUAUUGUCUGUAUUGCAAACAAAGUACAAACAGCAAUAAUAGCAUCCAGAAUGAGAGUAAUAAGAAUUAUUUUAGGUAACAUGAAGAAAAUAGAGGCAUUUAACAGUGUUAAAUUAGACAGAGCUGUCUAUGGCAGCUGAAAUGAAAUACAUGCUGGUAUUUAUAGGGCAGGCGCUGUUGGCAUGGCUCCUAAAGAACUCAGUUUGCUCUGUAAAUAUAACAUUUACUGACAAAUGCAGUGCUUCAUUCUGUUUAUCAUCAAAACUGGUUGUGUAGUCACAUGAAACAUAAGAUUCAGCAAGAAUCCCUUUCAAGUAUCUACAAGUAAAAAUGGAGAGAGAGAGCACUUUAACCACAAAUCCAUGAAUUUAGAAUGUCAGUAAAAUAGUUUAAUAUUAUGGUUGUUAGGCAGAAACCUUUGAACUCCAUAUUUUGACGUUUAAGGUUUUUUUGUAUGAAACAGUGCUAUUAAUCUCUCCUUGAGCCUGUAACAGGCUUUUACACAUUUAUCAGGUGAAAGGUAUUGUUAAAACUCUUGUCAGCGAAUCUCAUUGGGGUGUCUUGUAAUGUGAAAGAACAAAAGGUGUGUACUGGAGAUACCAGGUUUCUACCUGACAGCAGUUAUAUGCUCUGAGAAACCAGAUGAAUGAAAUUUAACAUCUUUGGCUCUAAAUCUGUAAAUGGUUGUCAUAUUCAGUUUCAUCUUAAUAUGAUGACCUGUUUUUUACGGAAGCGUAUUGCAUUCACCAAAAAAAAAAAAGCUGUUUUUCAGAGUAACUUUUUUGUCUUCUGUUUUCAGGCUAAUUUUUCUGUUUUUCAUACAUUUUUUUGUUUUGUUUUUCAGAAUAAUUGUUUUUCCUAUUCUCUGGGAUCAUGAUGAUUUAAAAACAGACACUGCCAUCCCCCUCUGCUCAAUUUAUUGGAAGCAAACAUGGCCCAUUUGUUUAGUUUAAUCAAGUUUUACUUUCUUUUGGGUUUGAGACACUGGGAGAUAAAAAAAUAAAGCAGUAUGAAAAACAAUAAAAAAUUGUCAGAAAAAAAAAAAAAAAAACAGAAAGAGGGGAGAAAAUAUUAGUACAAAAAAAAAAACAAAAAAAAAAUAGUCAGAAAAACAGAAAGAAGAAAAAAUUAGUCAGAAAAACAGCUCUAACUCGGUAUGAGAGGCAUGGUCAUGGUACUUCCACUCUGGAUGAUGGUGGGGUCCAUAUGUUGUAGUGGACCAGUUUAUUUUUGGUGAUCAUGCUGAAUCCAAAAAGCGCAGCACUCAUUUGGCACUCUGACAGUUGUUUGAAAGUCAUUUCAUCUACCACCUCAGUUUACCCUUAGAGGUAUUGAUUGGUAAUCAAGGCUCAAAUGUUGUUUGCUUCAGCAGUGUACUUGAUUAGAGAGCUUUUAUAUAUAUGUAUUUUUUUUUUUUUUUUGUGGAGCCACUCCUUACCCGUGGGAAACUGCACACUCAACCUGACUUGUUAUGUUUCACAAUUAGAAGACCUGCGUAUUCCUUUUGUUUAUAAGAUUCGUAACACCAGUGAUUUACAGUUUUACCUUUAGAAACUGGUCGGAUUAGCUUAAUCCUUGUUUCUGUAUCUAUACAGCAGCCUGCUUUUAUAUAACAUGUUAAAAAUAAAGCCAUAGUGAGCAACCGCAUCUUUAAUCUGACUUACUUAGAUGUUGCUUGACAUGGUGCUCAGAUGAUGCGUGACAUGAGAGUGAGAUCAGGCUUUACCCAGAGAGCUUAAAAUAAGUCAAAAAACACUCCUGACUUAUUUUGGGAUGAAGCUACUUCAUACCAGUGCUGCCAUUUAAAUGUACAAUAAGAAGCAGUGUUAAAAUACUGCUGUUGAAAAGAGACUCAAACCUUUGGGAAGAGUUUAUUUCUGACAAACUGUCAGAAUUUAAGGGUGCAUUAUACGAGGUCAAAUAGGAGAUAAAUUAGGCCUGGACGAUAUAGAAAAAAAGCAUAUCGAUAAAAAAUAAAUCAUAUUGAUCGAUAUCGAUAAUUAUCGAUAUAAUUAUUAUAAUUAUUUAACAUAUAUUUUAAUUGCAGCCCUGGAUGUUUUAUGCUAUUGCUUAAUGACCUACUUUUAAUAAAGAACACACAAGCACUGAAUUCAAAUUCAAACCUUUAUUCAACCACCUUUUUUAUUUUACAACUGAAAGUUUUUUAAAAAAGAACUAAAAAAAAAGAAAUCAACUUAAGUGGCCUGAGUGACGUCAGUAAAUACUGACAAACAUAAAGACUAAAGUGACCAGAAAAUCUGAUAAAUAAAUAUUUAAAUAGUCUUUUGAUGAAAAUAAACAAAACAAACAAAUAUAUAAAUAAACAGAAUAGCUUUAGGUGGGAAUAGCAUACUACCACUUCUAACUGUGUGGGAAACUGCCCACAGCCUGGUGUCUGAACACUGAAAUAUUUCUCCCGGGGUCGGGAGAUUUAUUUUUUUUAAUUAUCAUGUGAUUGACUUAAUACACAAACUAAGCACGCGAAGCAGGACUUAUCCACGCCGGUGUUGUGUCGUAGAAUGCACCCCUGCCGAAUGCACCCCCUGCUAGCAGCCAUGAUCCAAAUACUCGCGUCUUUGUAAAAUAUGAGCUCAUUUUCUUCCACUCUAAGAAGCUAAUGAGUGGACGGGAUGCAGGGAUGCAUUCUAUAGCACAACACCGGAACGUAUUUCCUCCGCACCCUUCUCACCUUAUCAACCCCUGACCCAUUUUCAUGCCUGAAGCGCUGUGUUUGAGAAAUACUUGCGGCCGGGCACUUCAUAUCGCGGGUCGAGAGUGGCUAGAAGCUGGUCGAAGCCAGGCUUUUCAACGGUAGUUAUUGGCAGUAUGUCCCUCGCUAUGGAGCAUGUUACUGCAUGGGUGAUGUCCUUAUGCCGCUCGGACGCUCUGUCGUAUUUUGGCAAGAAACGAAGUCCAGUUUGGUCUGCUUCACAUGCUUUGUGCUGGUGCUGGCAGCGGUUCCAGAGGAUUCCUCCUCCGACGUGGAGCCGCGGCGCGACCGACACAGCUCGUACUCCUGCGGGUGCGAUCGGUUUAGAUGGUAAAACAAGUUGGUUGUGUUACCAGACUUGGUUUUUACUAAUUCUCUGCAAAUUUUGCAAACGACCGCUGUUCGCUUCUUGUCAGACUUCUAAAAACCAAAACAUUGCCAUGCUGGAGAACUACUGAAACCUUUUUUCGGGACAAUGUCCUCCGCUUCUCCUUGCUGUAUCAUUUUUUCUAAUACACGUGAUGUCUGUUGUGGUUUGAUAGGGGCUGGGCUUGGUGCCGUAGCGUACCUGGGUCUGCGUUUGUGAUUGGUUGGGAGGAAGUAAUGACUGUAGUAAAAGCUACAUGAUAGGCUAUGAUGAAAAAGAAAGGGAAACUGUUUUCUAUCGAACUUUUUAUCGACCCGUUUUUUUUCUAUCGCACCACACUGUCAGAAUUUAAGGGUGCAUUAUAGGAGGUCAAAUAGGAGAUAAAUAGAGAAGAAACUACAGUUACAUCGCUUGUGUUAUUUUGUAUUAAAAGCCCAAGUUAAAGCAUAACCAACCACAUAAAACACUUGUUGAAAACUUGGUGAAUUUUCCAUAUAGAGGAGUAUAAUGUAUCAAACUCACAGGACUGUAACUGUAAGACUCUCAAAUUUCAGUGCUGCUUUUCCUGAAAGGAUGAUUAUUGUCUGCUGCAAUUAGCUUCACUUAUCUGGAAAAUGUAAAGCUUUUUUUGUAGGCAGCACUUCUGAAUGGUUUGACGUCACUGAUACAACACUGGGCCUAUUUCCAUUAUGGCUCUCAGGGAUAUUAUUUUUAUGCAAUCUGCAACAUGAAUGCUAGACUGAUGUCUGUAAGUGGCAUAAGAGUGUGUGACUCAGCUCAAGUCUUGGAGCCAGCCAGCGUUGAUGGGAGUUAAAACUUCAUCACUGGUCUUGGCCUCUGUGUUGAUUAAAAUGUUCGAUUGGUUUUAAUCCCCGAAGUUGUAUAAGUUUAGUUUGUUUAAGAACAGUGGCUGCAGUCACUUUCAGAGUUGUUUUUUAUUCUGAUGAAAUUGUUUGAAUGGAAGAUUUUUGAUUUCAUGAACUGACCCUACCAUUCAACAUGAAACCACUCAGCAGUGUUUCCUCAGCUCCUGUUUGGUCCCUUUCUUCAAGAUGAAUCGCUGUCACCUGGUCAGAGCAAAAGUUGCCCUCAGAUAUAAAGUGGAAGAAUGUAAUUCUCUGUAGGGUUGUUAAGUCCUAGUCGGCUGGUCGACUUAUUGGUCAAUACGUGCUAAGUUGACCAAAAUUCUGAUUGGUUGACUCGAUUUUUUUCUGCGUCAAUCUACAGUCUAUGGUUAAUUUAGUCGGGAGGAACAUACCAAGUGCUAGUAGGGGUGUUUUCAGAGCACCCCCCUUGUUUUCACCAUUUUGGAUUUACCCAACCCACUGGAGACAGAAAGAUUAAAGAGAAUCCACAUCAAUCAAGGUCUGGUGGUUUGCUUAGUAUUAACUUUUACUUUGAGCAUUUUAACUUUCAUGUGAGUCCUCCUCUACCAUCCAUCUCAAAGACAUUGGCAAUGUGGCAGAAUUUUACCAAAAUAGAUGGCAGAUUAGGUUGUGUUUAAUUGCCUUCUCCAGAUCAUAAUAUUUUGACCUCGCCAAGCCAUUCUCUGCAGAACCGUGUUGUCCCCCCGCCACAGAAGGGUUUGCCGUCGGAACCCCCCCAUUCGUCGAUAUUUGGUCGAAAAUUUCUUUUGUUGAUAACAGCUCAUAGACUGUAAAUACUAUGGACAACUUGGUUACGCCUUCCACCAGUAUACGGAUUUGAAGCCGAAAAAGCCCUUGGUAAUUCCGCGUUCUUUCUCCACUUACUGAAAUCAACAUUGCGCAGUAGUGUUGUAUGCACGCCACCACUUGCACAGUAGCAUUGAACGCACUCGGCAGGAGAGUUCCUGAGAGUCGCUGUGAUGACGUUCAGCUAAAACAGCAUAUCCCCGGGUGAGCUACGCAAUCUUUGUAGGCCCAUAGGCUGUAUCAAGUGUCAAUAAUAGAAAACAUGAACCCCCUAAUAACUUUUAAAAAUGGAGCUGUACAGAAAAAAAGGACUUGAGCACAAACCAGUCUUACAGUAACUGCGUGCCAACAUUGCAAGCAAAUAAUAUGUUCUGUGUAAUUAAUUUCAAAAGUUUGUCCACAUCUCCAUAAGGAUGGCUGGCGGAGGCGGGAUUUUUGCCCUAUACUGCAGCCUAUCACCAGAGCAUGCUGUUCUCAGGGGUGGCUUCACCCAGUGAGGAAGCAGAGGCUGUCCAUUCAAUAUAAAGUCAAUGUUACAACCCUUAUUCUCUGCACAUUUACAUUACUUUCAGUCAACCUGCCAUGUGUUUGGGACUUUUAUCCUGACAGAGAUGUUAACACAGAGCAUCUCUCUUCUCUUUUCGUGCUAUAAAAGUCAAAAUAUCUGGCUCCACACUAGGAAGAUGGCCAGUCGAUGUAAUAUCCUCAGCUUCUUGCCAGCUCAUUUGGACAGACAUCAUUAGAACUGGCUGAUUUUAUAAUCAAGUGGUGCUUGUUCUGCUCUCACAAGUAUUAUAAUCAGUCCUUUAACUUGUACAGUCCGUGUCCUAUUUGAAAUGAUACACCCCCUGGAGGUGAAGUCAAAAUGAAGCUCUCUGAAAACACAUUUUUAAGUUGAACAGAGAAGAACAAAUUGAUUAUUAUGUAAUGGAGUGAAAUUAAAUGAAUUGAAUUACAUGGUGCUAUGUCACGAGUUUAAAAAAAAAAGCAUUUGUGAUGAUUUUUCACACCUUCUUUUGAUUAACCAAAGUUUUUCAGCAACCUUUUUUAGUCUGUAAAGUAGUAGUAUGCAUGUAGGUGUGUGAACAUGGUGAAGUAAGAGUUGUUAUAGUGUAAACUAACACAAAAUGUAUCUGGAAACAGAAUUCUGCAGACUCCAGCUGAUCAAGAGUUAGUGAUCAAGGUGCAUGCAUCUGCUCUAGUGCUAGGGAUGGGCAAUAAAUUAUCGUUCAUGAUGUAUCGUCAGAAAAUUCCCCCACAAUAAAUAUUUGUCAUCUGGGGAUGAAUGCGAUAAAUGCAAUGUGAUGACAUAAGCGUGAGCAACAGAUUCUCAGCCGUAGCCCACACAGAUCAGAAUAACAAACAAACAUGGCUGAAGGUAAUGAAGAAGAUGUUUCAGAGCAGCUGGUUACUGAAUGAGGCUCCACUUCAAGAUUGGGGCUGAGAUGAGUGCAAUCAGGUUUGCCUGACAUCGGACAGUGUCUGCUGCUGUUCACUCUGUGCAAUAAGAGUUUUCAACAAAUGUUGAAAGUGUUCUUACAUUUCAUUAGUUUUCUCCAUAACCUACCACUUAUACUUGUAGUUAAGUAUCUUAUUUGACUUUGCCAACUGGUGUUCUCAAGACACAAUGAGUAAAAAACAAAGAUAGGAAUUAUAAUAUUUUUUAUUGGAACUUUUAUUGUUAUCGCCAUAAUGGCAAAUCUUAUCGUGAUAAAUUUUUCAGCCUGUAUCACCCAUCCCUAUCUUACACCAGCAGCAGCUGAGGUGGUCAGACUUCAGCUUUCCCAGUAGCUGUAAAAAAACAACAUCUGAAUGUCUGUGGUUUUUGAAAAUUAAAAUUGAGAUUUUGAUCAACAUAAUUCACACUUUGUUUUCAUCAUGAUAGCGUGAAAUCACGCUUUCUUAGCAUCCAGUCUUUUUUCCCUCUGUCUUUGUCCCUCCAUGAAAGACUUCUUUUAUAAUCACAGUGAAAACAGAGUCAGGAUCAGAGGGACAGUGUGUUCAUUUGGGAGAACAUCACAUGAGAGUCACUUCUUUUCGUAUCAGAUAAAUGAAAUAGAUGAGUGCGCUACAGUUUGUGGUGUCAAAGACACAGUACCUCUUUAUUUUCGGACCACACUGACCCAUAUUUUACUGAUAAGACUUUCAAAAGACUUAUUUUUAAUCAGGCAGUCAUGGGACACUCUUGAUAUUAGCCUCUAAAGUCAAAUUUAGCUCGGUUUCAUAACGGCUGGAGCUUGUUUUUCUUGCCGGGAGUGAUUUGUUUGAGAGGACUAGGGCUGGGGUUUAGUGUACUUAAGAGGGGCUCCUUUCAUGUGGACUGAACAUGUGUGAGGGUUUAAUAGCAGCUUCAGCAGGAUGGAUCUAUUUGUAGUUUAUAGGCGUGCUGUUGACAGGAACUCUAACUAUGUCCUGAGGGGACAAUGGGAAGUCGUCGUGCUGACACUCCAGUUGUACCAUCACAAACAUGGUGUGAGGCCUGAGCCGGAUGUACCGUACACCAGUGUCCCAUUGUAACCACAACAAGUUUAAUUAGAUUAGCAUGCUAACAUCCCCAGCCAUUGAGAUAAGCGUGUUGACAUAUCCCGCUUCCUUUAAGAUAGGUAUUAGAUAAUGAGAGCUGGAUAUGGAACAAAUACUGUCCACAUAUUAAGCUCUCCUCACGCGAAGGAGUUAGAAAUCCUCUUUAGAUAUUUUUGGGAUGUUAGCCUGUAAAUCAUAGAGAUGUGACUUUAAUGGAAUAAGCACUAUGAUCAUUACAUUUAUUAUGAUAUAAUCAUGAUAAUAGUGAUUUGUUGUUACUAGAAUAUAGAGCAGGGCUGCACAGUUAGUUUUACACAAUUUUAUAUCCCAGUAUCAGCAUUAAUAUGAAUGUCUGAAUUUGUUGCUAUAAAUUAGGAAAACUUUUCUGGUAUAUUGUUCUUGUUUCUCACUUUUCUUAGAUUUGACCUGAAGAUGGAUGCCGUGGUAUUACCGCUCUGCUUUCACACUGUUCUGAUGCAGUCAAAUGAAGUUUAUGCAAACUUUUAGCUAACCUCAGAUGAACUGAGAAUUCAAGAGAGUCCUGUUGCAAACACAGGCAGUAAAAAAACAUGAAGAAAGACAGAUAGACAAUAAAACUGGUUAUCUUAUUAAGGUAUUAAUAUGCACCCUUCUUAUCUGACUUCACUUCUCUUUUAUACUAAUACUCAUCACACAUCAAAUUUGUCAUUAAUAUCAUGCAGGACUGUUGUAGAUAUGCUGUGUAAAAGUUGAACCAAGUGAUAGAUGGUUUUUCUUUUGUUUGUGUAAACCUUAAGUCACAGAUAAGGGAGGAUUAUCACUUUUUAGUUUAUACAUAAGUUUUAAUUUCCAGAUUUUUUUUUUCAUAUUGCAAUGAACAUUACUGAAAAAGCCUAAUAAUGCCAGUUCAUUUUUCCAGUAUCAUGCAGAACUAAUACAGAGCAAGCAUUACAUGAGAUGAGGUGAUUGAAUGAGAUGUAGAAAGAAGUGCUUUAGCAGCUUUGUAAAAAUACUCAAAAAGCUGACACUCAUGAUUUGUAAAGGUAAUAUGUUUGAUUUUCAGGUCUAUAAUACAAAAGCUGCACUGUAGAUUAGACAUCUUUUCUGCAUCCUGGAUGGCCCACAGUGCCCUGCCUUUGCUAAACACUCAUGUUGUAAUACACAGACGUGUGUGUGUGUGCAUGCUGACUGCACUCAGGGCAGCAUAUGCGUGUACCAUAUGUUUACGAGGAGAUGGUUGGUAUGCAGCUGGUUAAUCGGCUCUUCAACACACAAACAACACACACAUGCAACCUGUCGGCUCGACUCGCUGCCUAAUCCUUCUCUUGCACAUCAAGCUGCAGUGCUGCAGCUGACCUCCUCAGUCCCCCCCUCAGUCACAAUUAAGGCAUGUCAAAGCAAUACCCACUAGUGGUGGGCAAUUUUUUUUAGCACCUGAUCUGACUUCUGGCUAGAGUUACCUUCAAAGUUCAUCAGAAUUUUGUCCUCACAGGGUUAACUGCAACUCCAGUGCUCAUUUCUCAUAGGGAGUAUUUUUUAAAUUGUAUUUUUGUAGUUCUAUUGUAGAUUAUAGCAGUAGUUAGCAGACUCAGGAGAAGUGGAAUAAUGUCCUUAAGUAUGUUAAAAUAAGUGUUGAUACGAACAUUGAAAACAAACAGUCUUGUUAUUAUUAACUCGCACCUCCUUGCACCUCCAUGUUUUCACAUGUGAGAGACCACAAAAAAUGCAGUGAUUGGAAGUCAAAUAAGAGGAAGAGAGUGGUUGUUGUGUGCAGAUUAAUUUUAUGAUAGAUGUUUUUAAUGGUUAAAAACUUGACAAAUGGAAAAAUAUAUUUGUCAUGGAUCGCUGGAGCUUAAUGUCCUUGAAGGCACUGUAGCCUCUGGAGGUUUAUUAAUAGGAGGGGUGAGCAAGGGAGCAGCUCAAGCUAGAAUCUAACUGUUUAUGUUGAUCAAUUUUCCUAUUUCAGUUUACCUUUAAAAGCCACUGUACAUUUUAGUCCAUGUACACUUUUUUUGGCGCACUUUUUUUGAUAUUUGCAUGAAAAGUUGUAGUUUGAAAAAUGAUGUUAUGGAACUGUUAUCAGAAAUGCAGAUCCCACGGCUCUGAUUGCUUACUAAGUCAACUUUCUACAAGUACAAUUGCUCAGACAGGGGUGCAGUUAUAUUUAAAAAAUCACAACUAAUUGUAUUGCUGACGUAUUGCAUAUAAGGCAUGCUAUUUAGUUGUAGCCUGAGUGUUGUACGUCAUAUCUUUCUGCAUUUUGUUUUCUGCUUCAGUAAAAGCAUCACUAAAACAGUCAUGUACAGUAAACAAAAACACCUCUGACAUUUGAUCACUGUCUUUGCUCUCUUUCCAAACGUAAAGCUAACCCUUGGCUGACUGUUGACCCAGCUGUCAUGUCAGUAGGUGUAAGUUUCUCGUCCUCAUCCUGUCUGGGAGCUGAGGUGACAUUUGGUCAAGCAGGAUUAGAAAGCUUGAUCCUCUAAAAGAGCUGUUGUCUUUCCCAGAGAAGCUACACUGGGAAUCAAAGCAGCAGCAACAACCCCAACGUGACGUCGUGUUUGUGUUCCAAGAAAUAGGGAGGUCUGUCGUUUCACAUUCUUAUUACUAUUGGAAUAAUCUUAGCUUGAGUUUGAGGUGACGCUUUUUCUCUGAAUGAACUUACUCUCAUAUGAUAAACAGUUAAAACUACCUCAUCAGAUCUGAUCUAGAUCCUCUUUGUGCCAUCAGGACAUUGGCAUGGGUUGCCACACUCUCUGUGACCCUUGAUACUACAAGUUCAGGAAGUCUAGAACAUGCUCUAACCUACACUGUUUUAAUCAGACUUAUCAGAAUUGAACUAUUUAUACCUUGAUUUCACUGAAAAGAUCAAAAAGCACAUCAACACAUCAACACAGCAACUGCAUCGUUAUCAUGCAGAAAAAUGCCUCUUUUUGUGCAGACCUUUUGAUAUGUAUCAUCCUUGUGUCGUAUUGAUCAACUUCCAUAAGUUUAGAUACAGACUUAUAAAUAUACAGUCCUUUGUAUGCUCUUUGCUUUGCCCUGAGGUGGCCUGUUUUCUGAUGGCUCUGCUUCCCAGGGAUUAGCCUCAAAGCUCUCUGCUCAGAUACUCUCUGUUCUCAGACCUGUCCAGACUCCGACCCACUGCUGAGGGUCAGUGUUCGUUGGCUGUCAGAGCCUGAUGUGCCGCUCUUUCCUGGUGUAACUCCAGAGAAUUUGGAAAAUCCGGCCAGUGACAGGGGGUGAAGUUAGCUGAGGCUAACUUUAAGCUAAACCUCAUCACAAGAGAGAAAUGUAGGAGCAGCAAAGCCUCCAUGAAGCUCCCAGAGGACGACAGCUCUCCCAAGGCUUUUUUUCUUUUGAUCACACAGGAUUUAUAUGACUUUGAGGCAAUCCGAAAAGCUGUUCGGGUUGAAAGGAGGCUUGGGUUUGAUCUUGUCAAGAAAGUAUGGGAAUAGGCAGCUCCUUUGCACCAAGAUCUGAUCAAAUCUUUACCAUAAGGUAUGUCAGAUAUAUCUGAUUCAAUGAUUGUGUUACUUUAGCCUGAAUCUCUUAGUGUUGUCAAAGUUGUCGAUCAGUGUGAUGAUAAAAAUGAUCAUUCUCUCAGAGAAAAACACAUUGUCUUAAGUGCAGUACACUGUUUAUCAUCGAAACCAGCGCCACAGUAUAGACGCAGUUAAGCAAGCUGAGCAGUCACCUGUUUGACUAAGGAGCUGGGAUACUGAGUGUGUAUCGGUAACAGUGCGCUGGGAGAGGGUAUAAUUAAAAAAGGGUCUCACAUAUUUCAGCAUCACAGCAGGAAACAAACACCUAUCAACAGCCCAGGAGGACAUGAAACAUGUGCUGAUGAAAGAGGAUAAAUAAGAAUGACUGAAACAAAGGAAACGUGGCAAUGGAGAUGACUCUUUUAACAAAUAACAAAUAGUUAAUAACUAGUAAUUAACAAUCAAUAAGCUGUAAGCAUUGAUAAGUCCAUACAGGUGUUAAUGAAGCAUAAUUAAUACAUCAUUACUAAUCAGUCCUUUAUAUUUCUGCCAUAAACAUCAUGAAGAUUUUUUAAACAUUCAGUACACUGUAUCUUAUUAAGUCUCUUCAGUGACUUAUUGACUGUUCAUGACCCUGUAUUAUAAGACUUAAAAUGAAGUGUUAUCAAGUGCAGUGCUAUGUUAAAAGCUCUGUGAUAAUAACGUUUAUUUCUAAUCUAGUACCAAGAUCCUGGUUGCAUAAAGAUAAUAGCCUUAGCUCAACUCAGGUUUUCUGCAGCAGAAAAACAGAGUAACCUGUUUUACAUUUAUUCUUGUUUUCCUAAAAUAAAGUUAAGUUAAAAAAAAUAAAUAAAAGCAAAUAUGUUGUCUUGAUAAUAUAAGAAAGUUUUGCCUGGACCUGUUCAUAUUUGCUUCAUCUAGAGUUGAAUUCUUUGUACCAGCAGCUCUUUGUAGAUUUGAUUUGUGAUUUAUAAUCCACAUUUAAAUGGGAUUUUAUUGGUGAUGUGAUAAACACAGCCUAUGCUCAUGGGUCUUCAAGAACAUUUUAUAUUUAUAUUUCAUGAGCUUGUGAUGAUAAAUUGAUUAUGUAUCAUUCAUAUGUCUGACAAAUGUCAGGCAGCCCUGAUCAUGAAUCAUGUAUAAUGAGUGUGUGAGUGUGAGUGUGAGUGUGUUUGUGAUUCUCUGGCCUUUCUUUGGCUCACCGAGAGUCAAAGUGAACACCAAACGCUCUGUUGAGGUUUUAAUGAGUAUAUUGGGACAAAGUGGUGUAUUAAGGAUUUUGUAACAGGUCUUGACAUUGUGUAAUGGUCCCUUGUUCAGUUUAUUCAGCUGUGUCUUCAUGCCCUUAUCACAGAGUGAGCUUGGCACCGAGGCAGAACCUCCCGCGGAUCAUCCUCAAAGGAAUCUUCCAGGGGGUUAAAGUGGUUCGUGGACCAGACUGGGACUGGGGAAACCAAGACGGUGAGUGGUGGUGCUGCGAGGUGGACUGAUCUUAACCACUAACACUGCUCUGCAGACUCAGCAGGCCCCCCUACCUUCUUGAGCAUGAAGCUGUACCUCUUCAAAGUCUAACCCAUAAUAACGCUCUAACCUCACGUCUCAUUAACCUCCGAAAUGUCCUGUUAGUAUGUGUCUGUGUGCUUUUAUAUUGUUGGUGACUCAUGAGUCUGUUCCACAGAUGUGCCUGUCAGUGUGUGUCUUCACAGAGUCCUUGCUCAGUAACAUUUCUCUUUGUAGGUUUUUGUUUUUUCUAGACCUGUGUGGUGUCAUAAACUGAGAACCACAUUCACUUGAGAUUAGGUGUUUGUUUGCAGGUGUUUAGAAAGUAGAGACAUCCUCUCUCACUCUGUUCUUGUGUUCUGUGCUGUCCGUUAUUCUGUUUUUAUUAUGUAAUAAUGUCUGUACUGAUGCCGUUUUGAAAAUAUUGAGCUGAAAAGAACAGUCUGCCCUGGUAAAUACACGAAAAAGCUCAGACUGUAAUUGAGAGCAAUCUUCCACAUCAGCGGUCUAAAUUGAAGCCUCGGACUGUUCCCUUUAGGAAAAAGGGGGAAUGCUAACGUAUCUUUGUAUGUUUCCUGGUUCGGGGUCAUAUUUGUUUCUGAGAAUAGCAAUGUUCCCUUUUCCCUGGCUAAAGCGAAUGAGUCAAAAUGUCCUUUUGGUGUCUUUCAAAUCAACGCCCUGGGGUUUGGUUAAGUCAUUCAUCAAGCUUAAAUGGUGUAUGCUCCUAGUGGCACACAGGAGGCUCUGAGCAUGCUCAGUAACCCCUAGCCUGCCAUGUGCUCUUUCAGGUCACUGGUUUAGCUGGGGUGGUUAUGCACUGGGACAGCUUGAUGACUUUAACAAGGACUCUUUUACGUCACAAAACAAGAUGUAAAGCUCUGUGGACGUUGUCCUACUUCCAACCCUAAUUCCAAAAAGUUAGUACAAUGUACAAAACAGUAAUAAAAACAGAUAUUGGUGAUUUGCUUUUUAUUUAAACCUUAGUUUUAUAAAGUACAUGGGCAACAUAUCAAAUGUUGAAACUUGUUGUUUCAUGAAAAACAUACUCAUUUUAGAUUUGAUGGCAGCAACAUGUUUCCAAGACUUGAGAGGUUUAUGAUUGUGCUACCUCUUGAAUCAGCUGCUCCUCCCCGAUUGGUCCUGCGAACUCACCCCAUUAACCAAUAAUCAGCUGGUUCCUGUAGGAUCAACAUCCUCUCAUAGCCAGUCACACACAGACACUACCAAACAAGGUAAACAGGACAACACAUGUAAUGAACACCCAGAGCGGUGUGCGGCUACUGCGGCUGUAAUAUCUGUAUUUUAGAUUAGGAAACUUUGAAAAAAGCAUACUCUGAGGAACAUUUCUUUAGCCUCUCUGAAAUGUUCUUAGUGUGACAGUCAUGUCACUAACCUGUCACAGAUGUACCUCCAGGUAUUUCUUUACCAUGGUUUGUUCACACAAAGCAGGUUUUUGGGGCUAAUUUACUCAUGUGACAAAAAAUGUGUUUGGUAUGUACUUUCCCAGUUUUCAGUUGACUCUGUCUAUAUUACGUAUAGAGUUUGUAAAUAAUCAGGCUGUUUCAUGAACAUUAUACACAGCAUCCUAACUCCUUUGGAUUUAGGGUUGUAGAAUGGACACCAUUAAUGUUGCUUGAGUUUUUUUGUUGUAUCGUAAUGAUCCUUAAUUUUUACCUGGUGCUUUAGUAUUAGGCGGAAUAGCAAGACAUGAGUCUGUCGAGUGUUUUUUUGAUUCAUAGAGGACCAUUAGGGUUGAGAUAGCUUCAGGAACUCACGAGAAAUGACUGUGGGACUUGGCAGCUUAUCAGGGGAAAGUGGUUCUCUCUCUCUUGUGUCUGCCAUCUCAUCUGUCUUAUAUGUUGACAUUGUGCUUGUCAGAUUUAAAUGUGCAUGGUUUCAUGUGUCCUCAAUUUCCUCCCAUUUAAAAAGAAUCUAAUUCUCUACCUUUCUAACCCUGCCUUCCUCAAUGAGAUGACUUUUUUCUCUCCCUCCUCUUCCACAAAGUGAUGCAAUAUUGUUUCUGUGUAUUUGUGUAUGUGUUUUAUACAUGUGUAUGUAUGCGCAGGUGGGGAGGGUAAAGUUGGGAAGGUAGUGGACAUUCGUGGCUGGGACACAGAGUCUGGCCGCAGCGUGGCCAGUGUCACCUGGUCUAAUGGCACCACCAAUGUCUACCGAAUGGGACACAAAGGCAAAGUAGACCUAAAAUACGUGUCUGAUGGUCAAGGAGGCUUCUAUUACAAAGACCACCUUCCUAAACUAGGUAAGACAACAGAUUCCUGUUCCUGACAAAUAUGUUCAUUCCCUUCACUGAAAACUUUAUACAAUUUUUCAGUUAUUCAGGAAGCCAGCUGCCAUCAUGUGGAAUACAUUUUGCCUUCCUUAAACAUGGAUCUGUUUCUAACCCUAGCAGCCAAGAUUUCCAAGUGACUGUUUAAAACUAAGCCUUAACUUUUUAGCUCCUGUUGAAAUUUUAGCACCCUGCUUAAGUUCUAUGGCUGCAUGGGUUUAAUGUAAAACAAUUCAAGUUGUGUCAUCUUUUUUGAAACCCAAGAAUCUAAGUUAAUGAGCUUGUGAAAGUGCCUUAUGAUGAUCGCACAUUUGAAAAACAUGGUUUCCACAUUGUAGCUGCAUUUCUGGUGUUUCAACUAGGGGUGGGAGAAAAAUAUCGAUACAGCAUAGUAUCCCGAUAUUUUGUCUGGUGAUAUAUUAUAUUGUCUCAUUGACCAAGAAUCGAUUUUUUCUAAUUAAUUGUUAAUAUGAAGUCAAAUUAAUGACAAUAGAAAAAUAGAAUCAACUGUUUGUCCAGUGAGGUUGGCAGAGUACAAAAAAUAUAGCAUCACCUGGGGAAAGACAUUAGGAAUGCAAGCAGGGCACGAAUGAGAUGGACUUGACACAUAAGGUUUGCAGGAUUUGCUACAUGCAAAAUAAAAUACUGUGUAAAUAAGACAAAACAAAAGAAAGACAAAUGCUAAAUUAGCUAAACAUUCGAAAAAAAAUGUUGCAAAAUGUUAAAAAUCACAACAACAUUGUACCGUGGCCCAUUUAUCGUGAUAAUAUCGGAUCGUGGGGCCACUAGUGAUUCCCACCCCUAGUUUCAACCUUUUCUAAUUGCUGGUUUAUUCAACAUUUCACUCAUUUCAUAGUGGGUAACAUGACUCUUUGUAAAGACCUCAUGAACAACAAGAAGGGCCUGUGUCCACUAAUGCUGCUCUGCUCUGGCAGCUCCUACUUUCUGCUCAAACUAAAUGUGGUUCGGUGUUUUCCUCCGAGCAAAAUCGCAGUCAGAAUCAGCUGAUGGAGUAACAACACACUUUUUUAGAGGUGCAAUUUCCAGUUGUAAAAUUCCCGCUAAACCACAACAAUAUUUCUAUGAACUAUUAUUUUAUUAUUCUUUAGAAAUGCUUUUCAAGAAGCUUCCUUGGCCUUGUGGUUUAAACACACCUCAAAUACAGAGACUUUUUUCCUAAUUAUAGCGGCUUCUCUGCCUACUGUAUUUCCUUGUCUGUCCCCUCAGCUGUCCCAUAUAAUGAGGGCACAAUGUCUUUAAAUUAACUUUAAAAAGAUAAAACACGAAUCAACAAAAGUAAACAUGAAUACAGAGCAUUUUAGAACAGACUAAGAAGUCACUACUAUAAAGAGUGGAAGCCUCUCGGGACAACUUUCUCAACCAAGUGUGGUGAAGGUGAAAAGCAUCCUGAAACGGAUGGGUGCAGUCAGUACACGAAAAAUUAAAUCAAAAAACUAAAUAGAAACACUGAGUUCAAAGUUACCUCUAAGAGGCCAGAGAUGUAUGAUUGUGGAUAAAUAGGAUUAUUUAACAUGAUUUUAAAACCCGACAUUUCAUCCUCUGCCAUCAGUGUGUAAAUAGGUGAAUCUGACUUAUGGUGUCAAAUGCACCUUUAAUAAAGUUCUUUUCAUAUUACCACACCAACAUCAGUGAAUAUUAAAGUGAUAUAAGUAUGAGGGUCUGUGAAAAUCUAUUUUUUGUAUAUUAAAUACUUAUUGGUCCUGACACCUGUUCAUCCAGGGGAGCACGCAGAGCUGCAGCGUCAGGAGAGUGCUGACGGACACUCCUUCCAGCAGGGAGAUAAAGUCAAGUGUCUCUUGGAGGUGGACAUUUUACGGCAGAUGCAAGAGGGCCACGGAGGGUGGAACCCUAAAAUGGCAGAGGUAUGGAAGUCAGAAAUACCACAUGGUAACAAAAGUCAGCUCUACAUAUCUCCCACUGAGUUCUUCUUAAUGUAAAGGUACCAAAUCAAAGUUCACUACUGACAUUGACUUCUUUGAGAUGUGCUCAUGGUUUGUACUCUUUAUGAUUUCGACAAACACAGCCUCACAGUCAAAACACAGGUGUCCCUGUAAAUCUGUACAGUAUAUUUAUGUAAGUGGCUCAGAUGGACGUUGGCAUGCAUUAGAGUGAAAAGAAACGGAGCAUCCAUCUCUCAAAUCACAGCUGCUAAAGGGAACAUGAAGGUCACAGCAAUGCAGACAAAGACCCAGAGUGACACAGUCUGUUUGUGUUUGCAGUACAUUUGCAGGAUCGGGACUGUCCACCGAAUCACAGACAGGGGAGAUGUGCGAGUCCAGUACAGCAACAAUAUCCGCUGGACUUUUCAUCCAGGGGCCCUCACCAAGGUACCCAUGACAGACCAGCUUUUUUCUCAGUGAUAUUUACACACAUGGAGCUGGAUUUAGCAUAAGUGUUGCCGGUUUGAGUCGAGUUUAAUAGUUUUAAUUGUUAACCAACUGUCCUUUCUCUCCACCAGGUGAACACUUUUGGAGUCGGAGAGCUCGUAAGAGUGCUGGAGGACAUGGACAGUGUGAAGAGACUGCAGGCUGGCCAUGGAGAGUGGACAGACAGCAUGGCUCCUGUACGCUCAUUUAGCCUGAUAAUGCAAAGACUAUAUUUUCAAACAUUAGCUUUGAGUGCAAGGCAGAGAUGUAAACAGAGACAUAUUCCCCAUUUAAGUAAACUAGCCAAAAUAUGGUGCACUUAAAGGGAUAUUCCGGCGUAAAAUUAAGCCAUGGUCAAAUACACUGUAACACUGAGUUGGACACCUCCUUGAGAGAUGAAUGUUGCAGACAGCUUGCUUCUCUAGUUAUACCAACUUUAGUAAAGACUGCAUGAUAGCAAUACACAGCGGUCUACCUCUCCACAUGCAAACCUCAACCAAAACGCCACUCUAUAGCCACAAAUAAUGCUCAGAACAGCAGAUAACUUCAUCAACAGUACAUAUAGGGUCCAGCCAUAGUACUAGCCAUAAAACAUCUUUUUAGCUUUGACUGGUUUCUUUAGCAAAGAGACUAAACACAACUCAUCCACUCUCCUCUAGCAGCUGCUUGUCUGUGGGGGAGCCCUGACAAGUUGAUCACCGAGUGCAGCAGAGUUUCGCAGCUCAAGGAAGAACAUUUAUAAUCAUUACUUUAUGGAUAUGCAAUCAGACCAAGAUGCUAAGGCAAAAGAACUACUGUGUCUGCAGUGCAAAAUGAUCAUGACGAUGAUUAUUACUUAAUGGAAAUGAUCCGCUGCACUUGGUGAUCAACUCUUCAGGGCUCCAUCACAAACAAGCGGCUGCUGGAGGAGAGUGGGUGAGUUGUGUUUGGUCUCUUUGCUAAAGAAACCAGGCAAAACUAAAAAAGAUGUUUGCUGGCGAGUGCUAUGGCUAGUCCCCAUAUGUACUGUUGAUGAAGUUAGGUGCUGUUCUGAGAAUUAAUUGUGGAUAUAAAGUGGCUUUUUGGUUUAGGUUUGCACGUGGAGACGUAGCCCACUGUGUAUUGCUAUCUUAAAGUCGUUACUAAAGUUGGUAUAACUAGAGAAGUAAACAGUCUGCAACAUUCAUCUCUUGAGGGGGUGUCUAACUCAGUGUUACGGUGUGUUGUCCAUAACUUAAUUUUACACCGGAAUAUCCCUUUAAGCACUUAUGGUUCAGGCUUAGGCUUUAAACUUGGAAUUUUUUUAAUCAUUUCCUCAGUUUGCUUUCACUAAACCAAACUGAGGCAUGUAGACUCAACUCUUAGUGAGCUAUCUGGGAUAAGAGUCUGGAUCUGUGUGUCUGGAAGUUUUAUUUUUUUGACUAAAACUAGAUCCUGACCUGUGACUUUUUCCUCUCUCGUCUUUUUGUUUCUUCUGACUUCUCAGAGUAACUCAUUUUUAGUGUGCAUGGUGCUAUCUAUGUCACUUGCCAAGUCAAGCCUUCUUUUGGCAGACAUCCCUCUAAAUUGGGAGUGACCUACUUCCUAAAAAACAGGGGUAUAUGUGAGGAAGUCAACAAGUUUAGAGCUGCUGUCCUGGAUGUGGCCUGGUUCAUAUCCUCCUGAAAUUUAACUCAUUGAGUGCCAUUGACGAAUUUCGACAGAUUUUUCAGUUUUUUUUGUGUUCCAGCAGGGGGCGCUCCUCCCCAACAUGCGACUAAGUUAGGGGUCAUUCAGAUGCAGAAAAGCGACAAAUACGUCAUAACCAUAUUACAAUAACAAAAACAAGUUCUCGCCAGUGAGAAGGGUGCCAUCAAGUAUGCCAAUUAGCCUAGUUGUGGAGUUUUUUUUCUCUAUGAGGAGAGUACGAAAAUGACGAAUUCAUUAGUCAAGAGCUAAGCGGCCUCGGCGCAUUGGAUCCUGUGGGUGCGGUGCUACCGUCUCGGGAUCCAGUGAAGACCUUGAUGCCACCGGUGAAGCAGUUUGAUGUGAAAUGAGAUGGACGAUCAGAGUUCUGCUUGAAAGUCUUUCAUUCGUAAAAAUGUGUUUCUCCCAGGUCUCUUUUUUCAGAUCGGCAAAGAUGAUUUUACCACGCUGCAUUGAUCAGGCAAUAACUAAACACAGGAGUGGGUUAGAGACUAACUUUUUUUUCUGGUGAAAGAAGAGAAUCACCCCUUUUUUUAGAGAUAUGGCACUUAAUUCUAGUCUAAGCACAAGAUAUUCUGUGGGUCCUGAAACAUAUGGAAAUUUCUAUUGAGGUCAUUGGUGGCACUGGGUGAAAACUGCAUGAAUGAACCUGGCGCUGAACAAGUUAAGAGUCACAGAAAUUUGUCUUGGGUAUUGCAUAAAUAGAUCCCUAGAUAUAGAUUUCUAAUAUUUUUCUCACCUUUACAUGUUUCAUCUUCUUUACUUUCUUUUGAUCACCUUAGGUUCUUGGGCAGGUGGGGAAGGUGCUAAAAGUCUAUGCAGACGGUGACCUAAGGGUGGCAUUUGGCGGUCAGACAUGGACGUUUAAUCCAGCGUGCCUCUCAGCCCAGCCCGUGGAGGUGGACGCCAACCUUAUGACAGCCGAGAACCCCAGCGAAUCUGGAAGUAAGGCCUCUGCCGGGACGAGGGGGCUCAUCUCUGACACUGCAGCACCGGCUUUACCCUCUUUGUGCUUUCAUCCAUCCCUCCAUCCCUCCCUCCAGCUCUGCCACGCAUGCUUCCACACACAGGCAACAACUGGGGUGUUCAUGGUCACAGUCACAACCAUUCCCUCUCUGUUUUCUUUUUCCAGCUAUGUGUGUACAGGGUGUCAUUUCCUGAACUGUUCGUCUCUGCGCCAUGUCAUGAUCCUGAAUGUUGACAGCAGGAGGUUUUGGCAGCUCAGCAGACAUUUGUCAUCAUUGCAGCAGCCUUUUAAUCAUGACCAAAUCUGUUGUGUGCAUGUGUUCGCUUCAGCAGAUAGGAGAUUGACAACAGAGUUAUUUAUGUGAGUGUGUUUGUGACUGUGUGUAUUCUGGACACAAUACACUGCAUGGUGGGACAUUUUGACUCAUUCCUCUGGUUUUGACGUGAGCGUAGCUUUGACUUCAGAUGGCAUGUGUUUGUACUGGAACCUCAGCCCUCCAGAGGGCUCCUGACACUGUUUCUGAUCAUGUCAGUCACAUUAAACUGAUUACACUAAAUUAAUCUUAUUGUCCAUCUGCCUGUGUCUCUGUUCAGGUACCGUCAUCUCAGUGUUGGAGAAGCUGCUGUCUCAGUCCACAGAGCAGGACAAUCCCAGCCGGCUGGUGAUUGAGGCAGCACACGGCAGUGCCAACAAAGUGCGGGAGUUGGUGCAGAAGUAUCCUGACAAGGUUAGUGCACCACUCUUUGCUGCAGUCCACUGUUUGUUCCAAGAGCUCACACCAGGGCGCCAAGAUGGGGGUGGAGGAUUGAAGGGCCAGGGUGACUUAGUGAGCAAGAAAUAGACUUAGUAUUCACUGGAAAUUGCCAGACAUUUGUUUGUUUGUAUAUUUUAUUCAUAAGAAGUUUUGUUUUCAGAGCUGCAGCUGCAGUUUGAAGUACAACCUCUAGCUUAAAAGAGAUGUGUAGUGUCUGUUGUUUCUAAUUGUGACAAACUGGAAAUCCUCUAAACCAGUUAUCUAAUUGAAAAUAGUGAUAGAUGUGAAAUGAGGCAUCAAAACUGUUGGGACAAGGGCAUGUGUCACAUCAGUCCCUGUAACAACACUAUGCAAAUGUUUGGAAAUAUUGUCCUUCCUUGCCUGAUGGGAGAUUGUAGAUGCUCAACAGUUUGAGGUCUUUUGUGUCAUAUUUUAAGUCAUGAUGCACAAAAUGAUUUCAGGGGUGUAAAGUCAGGACUGCACACAGGCCAUCUUAUCACCUGGGGUUCUAUUUUCGUGUCUGUUGGUGACGCAGCGGAGGGUGGCAGACCUUCAGGAAGUGGUAUUUUUGUCUGGCGGAGCCCGGUGCACAGACAGUUUGGUAUUUCUGCCAAGCUGGGCGUAGAUGCGCGGCAGGGGGAGGUGUCGACAGAAUCAGCUGCCGCAGUGACAUUUUCAUGCUCGCCGGUGGUGUGAGAAGUGCGCUGAAAGCUCGCUGAUUCAAACCUGGUCAGCUUUCAGCGCAGACGGAGCGCAGCUGGUCUAGUGGUAUUUUGUUAGACCGGCGGUGUAUUACGCAUACGUCACCUCGCGCAGCUCGAUAGGUGUAAUAUCGUAGAAUGCACCCCUGCCAUAGAAUGCAUCCCCUGCAUCCCAUCCACUCAUGAGCUUCUUAAAGUGGAAGAAAAUUAUCUCAUAUUUAAAAAGAAUGUCAAAUGCAGCAGCAAACUUUUGUUGUUUUUAGGUAUUUAAAAAAUGUACAUACAGAGGUGUACUUGGGUAUAUAAACUGUGAAGUAAGGUGUUAAGGCAGAGAACAUUAUAUUUUCGGGGCAGCAAAUAUUCAGAAUUAGAGGGCUAUUGUUUUCGGCAUAUCUGAAUAGCCUGAAUGAAAUCAUUAAAGGCACACGCUUUAGAAUCAGUCCAACGGUAAGGAAAACUUGGAUUAUUUCGCCUUGUUGUGUACUUCAACCGCGCUCCCUUCAGGGGGUGCAUUCUAAGGCAAGGUGCAUUCUAUGGCACAACAUCUGACAUGUCUCCUUGUCCUUUCUCCGUCCUGCUGCUGCAGCGGUGGCAUGGCUGACCAGAUGAUUUAUUUUUAUUAUUUAUUUAUUUAGUUAUUUACUUCGAAAAUUUGAACAAAAAAAGAAAAAAAAAAGAACCUUUCACUCAAAAUUACCUGUUUAUCUGAUUUCCUCACAUCAUAAAAAUUCUGUAAAUAUUCAAUCUGGAGUCAGGCCCACAUACGAAUAUUAUAAUAUUCAGUUUUGUGAGCCAAAUUUAUUUUAUAUGCCAACAUCUAUGAAAGAAAGAGCCAGGCUACAGAGCGUGAUGUGCCCUGUACGCACAGAUGGUUCCGAUUUUAAUGCCAUUAUUGGAAUUUAUGUUGUGAUCUGUGUGCACAACCCAGCUUUGUCAUGUGGGGAUUAAAUAAAAAAUUUUUAUGCAACUUUAUGUGAGUGUCUUAUUAGUGGAAAAGGGUGUUUGUCUUAUCAGUGGGUCCAACAUUACACACACCAAAUCCAUCUGUGCUUAUAUGAGACAGUGUGGAGGACGCCCUCUGCAGCGCUUACAGCGACACUUGUUGAGGAGCUGCCUUCUGUCGCCAUCGUGUGGCAUUACUGUCUUCAGCCAUCUCUUGAUCUCUUUGACUACUGCACGAAAAUAGUAAUAUGCCUCGUCUGUGGCGGAUUCAAAGGUGAGGAGAGGAGCUUAUGUUAUUGGUCAAUACAGGUCUAGGCUGUGUUAAACCCACUCCACGCCCUCUCCCUCCCUACGACUUACACCGUUGGGAGGAGCUGAGAUAGGGAGGGGGAUACUUACGCCGGGCUGUGCCGCUCACCAAAAUACUAAAUUGUGCUUGGGAACGCCUUGUUGGCGCGGCAGACCUGACUUACACGGCGCCUGCGCCACCUCUCUGGCGAGGCACGAAAAUAGAGCCCGUGGACUCUUCUACUAUGUAGCCAAGCUGAUGUCAUACAUGCAGAAUGUGGUUUUGCACCUUCUUAUGUACCAUGGAAAGCCUACCCUGAAAAAGUCAUUGUCUGCAUGGCUGCAUAUGUUGUUCCAGAACCUGUGUAUGUUGUUCAGCACUAAAGAUGUCCUCUCAGAUAUGUAAGCUGCCCAUGCUUCCUGUACCUCCGCAUGAUCUGGAAUGCUGUCUUUGAAACUGUGCGCUGAUAAUCAAGCCAUGUGGUCCCUCUCCCCUCUAAUAUAUAAAAGAGUCCAUCUUAAAUAGGCUUGGGCCCAGAGAAGUAGGCAGCAUCAUUCUAGAUCAUGUUUACGUAUAGUUUCCUGUAUGCAUGAUACAGUUUUAAUCUGCAUUUGUAGACGGAGCAACAAACUAUUUUUAAAGGCUUCGGUUUUUGGUAUUGACAUUUGAGCCCAUGCCUUAACUUCCACUAUAGAGUCAUGCCUGUAUUUUGUCUAGUGCUACCUGCAGAUCAUGGCCAUCCUGUGUUGGGCCCUUUUGUACAGAGAUUACUCCACAUUCUCUGAAUCAUUUCAUGAUAAGGAUCGACCAAUAAUUGGCACGAACGAUAAAUCGGACGAUAUCCAGCAUUUCACAAUGAUCGGCAUCGGCCUUUUUUUUUUUACACUGAUUGCCGAUAAAAUAUGUUUAAUAGAAAACGUGCUUGUUCUGCUCUUACACAGCUGCCUCUCUGCCUGAAUCACCAAGAAACAUGGAGAAAUAAAAUAAAAAAAGAAACAAACUAGCAGGUAACACCACUGCUAGCGGUGCUCCUUGGUCUCUGUGAAGCACACAGAGCUACCAUGUGCUACUUCCGGUUCUUUUCUCAUUUCAAAAUAAAAGCAAAUGUUUCACAAUAAGGCCAAAAUAUACAUUUUUACUGCAAAUGAAUAUCGGUUCUACAUAUUGGUUAUCAGAUUCUUUGAUUACUAUUAAUUGGUAUCAACAUCAGUCCUAAAAAAAACAUAUUGGUCAAUCCUUAUUUCAUUAUGUUUCGGAACAUUAACGUAGAAUUGCUUAACAUUUUCCUCACUCUGUGUUUCACAGAGGGGUGAACCUCAUCCUAUCUUAACUGCUUAGAUAUGCUACUCUUCUGUAGAGCCCUUUUUAUACUUAGUCAAGUCAUUAAUCUAACUAGUUUAGAGAUGUCCCAAUUUGUUUUUUGUCUUGUUUUUUUUUUUUUUUUUACAUUCUUGGGAUUUGUGCUUCCUAAACAAAUUGAUUUAGAAUUUCUGGUUGUAGUGUAAUAGAAAGUAAAAAUAUAUGGACAUAUAACUUAUAGACACGAAAUAAUAUCUGAGAUUUAAUCAUUUUGUUUACAUUGCUAAGGACACACAAAUGUUUGUCUGUCUUGUCCAAGUAAGGUAAAAACAGUGAUGUUGAACCAAGCUUUCUUACUAAGUGUCAGGUACACCACUAAUCAGGAUUAUCCUGUAUGUAUACAGGAUAUAGUGUAUGAUGAAUGUGGUUGUCAUUCCUGCUCAGAUUAUUUCCAGCCAGCAUGUGCUCAGCUCAAUCUGUGUCCAGAUUAUGAUCAUCACUAAUGUAUCUUCCUCCAUGUUUGUGUUCUUGGCAGGUGGAUAUAAAGAACCAGGGCAAGACUGCACUGCAGGUUGCCGCCCACCAAGGCCACAUGGAGGUAGUGAAGGCCCUGCUACAGGCCAACAGCUCCAUCGAGGUCAAGGAUGAAGAUGGAGAUACGGCAUUGCACUACACUGCUUUUGGGUGAGAACACUCACACACAGUUUGUCCCAUUACACAUACACACGCAUGUAAAUGCAAAAAGGGGCCGAAGCAGCACACUUACUCACGCAAAAUUUCUUCACUUCGUGACAAGAUGCUGGUCUGUUUUUCAGAAAAUCCUGAAGACCAACAGAUGUACAUAAGAGCUUUUGCGUGUCUCCUUCCUUGUAAUGUGAUAAUCCAUUCACAGAAGUGACAGCAUUAGAGUGCUGUCUAAUCAGCCACCCACACCCCCUCCUCUAACCACAUUAACACAUAAUCAGGAAGGUAGCAUUUGACAAAAUCUUCUCUGUAAUUUAUACAAGUUAAAAAUAACUUUGUUUUAGUGCUGAGUGGUAAACAAUGAGGGGAAAAAGGCAGUGUUUCCAAAUGAUGAAGUCUGUUUGACUCAGAAUGCAACCCUUAAGCUUUGUUUAACUCCUAGUUGUAUACUGGUUUGAAUGGCCUUAAUGGAAAGCACUGUGAAGUCAUAACUAAUCACUUAGUGGAAAUAGAAGACAGUGAAAAAUAAUCUGUUUGUGGUUUUCUUUGUGUGCAGUAAUCAGGCAGAGAUCGCACGGCUGCUUUUAAGCAAGGGGGCGAAUGUCAACCUCCUGAACAACUCCAUGUGCACGUCGCUCCACAUUGCUGUAAACAAGGGCUUUACUGACGUGGUGCGUGUGCUGACUGAGCAUUCAGCUGAUGUCAACCUGCAGGUGAGAAGGCCCAGCAUGCCAAAUAAUGAAGACUGACUUUUGAUUUUUAUUGGUCGCACCAAACUGAAAGAUUUAUAUGACUCUUUUGUGUACUUUUUUUGAAAUUCCUUGAACUUGUUUUGAUCGAUUCAGUUUCAAAACCAGUGUUAACAUUUGUGCCAUGGGUAAAAAGGGCAAAAAAGGCAACUCAAUUUGCUUUAAACAAAUAAGAGCAUAUUCCAAAGGAGGAUAAAAACCACAUGCUCAGACAGACAAAAAUUAUGAUGUUAGCUUAUUGAUCUGAUACGAUUGUACAGAAGUAUUUCCAAAUUAAGACUUUACGAUAUUUGAAAAUACUACCACUAGGGCUAGGUGAUAUGGCCCCAAAUGAAUAUCACAAUAGAUUGAACAGUUCACCUCAAUAACGAUAAAUGGACGAUAACAACUCCACAAGCUGCUCAACCCCUCCCACGUGAACUUCGUCUACUUUAGCCUACAACUUUUGAACUGUCCUCCAUCCCCUCACCUGUCUUUCCCUCUUUGUUACGGACUGGAUGGGGUGGAGUCACGUCUGAUGUAGGACAGCGUCUUAAAGGGACAUUUUUUUGAUACCAAAUGCAUUGACAUGGGCAAAAUGACGUCUGUUAUUGUUGUAAAUUUCGGUAUCGUAAAUUUUCUGUUAAUCACCAAUACAAACACCUACAUGUAAAUUCAUCCAUGAGAGUAAAGCUCAGGGACAUUCAUGCUAAAGCCCACUUUAUAUCUUUUUACACAUUCAAAACAACAAAAAUAACAGUAUGUGUGCCAAAAUUAAGUCCAUUUCUUACUAUCCUAAAUGUGUUUCCGUGUCUGAAUACUGAAGAGUGCUCAUGUUUAAGAAUUGUCAAAUCUCUCUUCUCUGUUUUUUGGGCACAUUUAAGGGGAAUUUGUGAUUUGUACUCAGACUGUUUCUACUACCCUCCCCCCAUUGUUCUCUGUUACCAGUCAGAAUGAGUGUCAUGUGAGCUUAGCAGACAGUUUGUGAGUGUGUGAUUGGAGAUCAACACAGUAGGUCUAUGCAGUCGCCAGUAAAUAAGCGUCUUGGACAGUGUUUACAAUACACAUGUCAAAGUGACUGCAACAUUUUCCUUUCAAAAGCAGUUGUAAACAAACAAAUUCAAAUAUUUAUGUCCUUUGAGUGAGACCUCAGUUUUACUUUUGACCCUCAGCCUUGUUCGUGUCUCUUUACCGUGUUUCCAGACUGUCUAACAUGCCCGCAACCAGGCCUGGAAUUCACUUACAGCACAUUAUUCUGCUUGAGUAGAGCGGCUACUCAUCUAAAAGCAUGAUGGUGUAGCCGCCCAGUUUGUUUGUUUGUGCUUGGACCAGAAUGCUUUGAAGCAGUCUGUAAAAAUAGACCCACAAAUAGUGAUCAUGGUCUGUGGAAGGUUUCAGGGUUGCAACAGAUUUCAGCAAACAAAAUUUUGCAGUGGCAACAAAAUGGCUUAUGUAUUAUAGAUACUGAGUGAUCAGUGAUGGAGUUUGGAAAAUAAAGUUUCACUCCGUUGUUCCCUCUGCUGGGACACUAUGAUUUGUUCAACUGCCAUCACAACAAAUUGAAAACGGUUUUCUGACAUUUUUGCUUUGUCAUGUCUCAACAAGUGUCAUGACAAGGCUCCAAAAACCUGAAAAACUAGUCCAGGCCCAGAGUGUGUCACAGCCUUACUAUCUAUGCCUCUGUUUUUUUUUUCCUCCAAUCAGGAUUCAUACGGGGACACACCGCUCCAUGACGCCAUCGCUAAGGAUUUCCGUAACAUCAUUGAGAUCCUGGUUUUGGUGCCCAACAUUGACUUCACCCAGCAGAACCACAGAGGCUUCAACCUGCUGCACCACGCUGCUCUGAAAGGAAACAAACUGUGAGUGGAGAUCACGUGCAGAAAUUUCUGCAGCUGUGUUUUAAAGCUUGUAUAAUGAUUUCUGAUAUGUUCAGUGGAGUAUAAAACAGUUCAGUGACUUUUUGGAAACACCAGCAGACGAUCAGCUUUCUGGCCCCCGAUCUGAUUUUUGUCUGAAUAAGUAUCUGUUGAUACUUCAGUCCCAGUGAGAUGCUUGUAUUUACAGUGUUUCUAUUUUGUGAUACAUUAUAAAUGAUCAUAUUCUACGAAUAAUGAAACAAAACAGAUGCGUCAGAGCAAGAAAUAAACAGAUAUAUUUGUAGAACAUCUCUAUCUGCAAAGAUCAGCCCUGUUGAUGCAUCAGUAUUGAGUUUUAUGCAUAGACUGUAUAUAGAAUGGACUUUGUCUGCCUCCUCGCUUGGUGAAGCCACUAGCACCCUCUGAUGACGGGCUGCGGUAUAGGUCAUAAAUCCCGCCUCCUCCAGCAAUCCCUAUGGAGCCGUGGACAAACUUUAGAAAUUUAUUACACAGAAUAUACAUAUUUCUCCCCCCUGCUUGCAAUGUUGACAUGUAGUUACAGUAAGACUGGUUUGUGCUCAAGUCCUCUUUUUUUCUGUGCAGCUCCAUUUUUAAGUCAUCAGGGGGUUCAUGUUUUCUAGGAUUGACACUUGAUACAGCCUGAGGGCGUACAAAGAUCGCGACUCUCUCGCUGAAUGCAAACAAUGGUACUGCGCAAGUGGUGGUUCCAGGAAGUGGAGAAAAUCCUGGGAAUACCGAGAGCAAUUCGGCUUCAAAUUCGUAUAAUGAUGGAAGGUGGAGCUAAGUUGUCCAUAUUAUAUACAGUCUAUGGUUGUCAAACACAAAUGUUAGAUGUUUGUUUGUAUUCUGUUGCAUCCUGCCUUAAUCUUCAUCACGGUGAUGUAAAUCUGAAACGCUUUAAACACCUCAGAGCAACAGAAAGAGUCUCCUGCUAGAAAAACGUCAUUUUUUUGAAAAGACACGCUCCUGAGAUAUUUUUAGAGGGGAAUUUUAAAGGAGGGACUAUAUUAUUUCUAGCUGUUACUUAAAAAUAAUUCAAGUCUCAUGGCUGGUUAAAAAAUCAGACACAAAAAAAGUGGUCAACAAAAAUCAAUUCUAGUGUCCAGUACUGAUGCUGAUUAUUCUAGAGCAGCCAGCUGAAGGCCUUGAAUCAUCUUGUUAUUGUUGUUUGCUUUAGAUAAAAUAUAAACAUUCAAUAACAUUAACAGCCUUUACUCCAUGCACAUUACAAUAUAAUGUACAUGAAUGAUGGACUUCAAAACAUGACACAUUUAUGACAAACUCAAUUAUUCUUUAAAUUCAAACAGAAUAUACAUUCAAAGUUGUGAGUGAGACUUAGAAUGAGAAAGGCGGACUAUCAUUUAAGAGGACGCUAAUGUUGUUUGACAGCCACCUGACAAGGGAAAAAGUGACUGCAUAGUGACAAAGAAGAAACCUGUAACUACAGUUUUUACUCACUUUAAACCAGUGUCCUAUAACAUGAGCUUGUUAGCUUUCCACGUCUGCAUUUGUAUGUAUGAGAACUGGAAGUGAUGGUGUGGGGCGUGUGUGUGGGAAUCUCUCCUGUGUGUUCAAAUGAGAACUCAAAGGUCAUCUCUCAAAACUAUCUGAUACAGAUAGAGCUCAUCUCCCACACAGCUUCUGCUGCUGUCAGCAAGCUGGAUGUCAAUAUCAGCCAAAAAAUGCUACAUUAACUUCUGCAUCCUCAUUUUCCUGCACGCAUUCAUGUCCUUUAAAGUUCGAGCAUAAUCCUUCUUCAGCAUGGCAGGGCGUGAGAUCCAUGAGUGGACAAAAAUGUACAAAAUCCCAAACAAACUAUGACCACUACACAAGGAAGAGCUUCUGGUAGCAGUGCUACCGGUGCUACCAAGUCUGCAGAGGUUUCACUGCUGUGCCAAGCAGUUUUUGAAAAGGUUGAGAACAUUUGUUUUCAUGAAAAUAUCACAGAGUUUAAUUGUAUUCCUCCCAGAAUGGCUCCUGGUCCUUUUUCUUUUCUUUCACGGUAAACAAUGGGGAUCUGGUGAAAGAUUAGCUCCUGCAUUUUACUCGACACUGAGGUUGCUGGAGGCUGAACGUUGAGACAGCCUCACUGACACCUGUCACAAAGGCUUCAUUGUCCUCUGGCUGUGUUGGUUUCAGGCUGGUUGACACUGCAGGUGCUUAAUCUCGAGGUGAGCCCAGAGAGGGCAGCGACCAGGCAGAGAGGAAAAAACAUUACAAAACAUUCUCACAUUGAUAAGGUUUCAUCUCUCAAACACAACUCUUGGUGUGCCAGAGUCCUCCUCUGUUCAUGUUGCAUCACAUCAGCCCCCACUUACCCUGAAUAGCCUGCAACUGUGGAGAUAGAGAGCUCCAAAAGUGAAUGGGCUCUUUUUAGAAGUUACCACAGGUCCGUUAUUUAAAAAUCAUGUUAUUUUCAUACUGUAGAAACGGCUCAAAGUCAUCACAUCUGUGUGGGUGAAGCAGGUUUUGUAAGCAGGGGAUCAUUUAGCAACCUUUCUCUUGAGUGAAGAGCACCAUUUAGUUGAGAUUCAUUUGCAUAUAAGACUUUGAUUUUAGUUAUGAAACAAAUAUAUCAACAGUUUCAUAAUAGCUUUUUUAGAGCUUAUGAAUUACUGUAAAAUAAUGAACUACGUAUCUUUAGACCUAUAAUUUUUACUGAGACCAAGGACCUGCUGGAGGUUAGGGGCUCAGCUUUUGGUUCUUUCCUUGUGCUGCUUGUUUGUUCUCUGUUUCUUUGACUUGCAGAUUCAAAUACCUGAAUAUAAGAGGGUGUUUUUAAGAAAGUGAAAACUGCCAAGCAGAGUCACAGAAAGAUGGAGGGCAUAAAAACACCACCUUGAAAUGUGAUCGUAGGUUAAGAGUAUGUUAAUUAUCAGACAAAUCAACCAUCAGAAAGACUGCAAGUGAUUUUUAUUUUUAUAAUACUUUAUGAGUGCUUCAUAUACAUAUGUUUUCUUCGUUACUAACAAGGUUUGGUCUUCUUGGGUCUUUUCCCUAAAGUAGGUCUUAUAGAGGAGGGGUUGUCUUGGAAGCUGGCACACCUAAUGAAAGAGUCAGUUUGCUUCUUUUCAUUGUGGCGCGAAGUCGUUCACUUUUAGUCGACCAAAUUUCUCUUUUUGACGAAAUGGCUCAUAUUAUUGUCAGGAGGCUAAUUUCAGCCUUUAUUUAAUAUGUUUACAUUUUGCUCUUGUGUUUUUAUUGUGCUUACGUUUUCAUGAUUGUUUAAUUAUAUUUUUACAGCAUUAUUUUGGCUUAGAAACGGACCUGGGUACUAAUUUUGUACCACAAACUGUAAAAGGUGUGGGGUACGACAAAUCAAGUUCCUUGAAUCCUCAAUUUAAACAUGAAACCCCGUUUCCAUCAAAGCGAAAUGAAAUGUAAUUAAAAACAGAAUUUGAUGUUUACACAUCAUUUAAACUCUGUUUAAUGGACACUUAUUUUAAUGUUGGAGUUGAACAUUUUUCUUAUUGUUUAACAAGAAAUAUGUGAACAUUUUACCUUUCCUGCCAGCAACCACCACUGUGUGGACUUUUUAGCAAGGUGCCCCCCUGGAGAUCACAGCUGUCCUGUAUUGGUCUUUGGCCCCUUUUGCACAGUUUCUCCAGUUUCAGUAAAUCCUCUUAUGAUAUUAUGUAAUGUAAAUAGAUGAGAUAAGACAAUUCCUUACAGUUAUUAUCUGAGGAAUAUUACUCAUUUUUUAUUGUUCACCAUUUUCUCAUGUAGUUUCUCACAUAGUGGUGAUCCUCUUCCAUAUUCAGAGAGAUGCAGCCUCUGCAGAGUAGGGGGAGAUGUUCUGGCCUGUAUUGUUUUUGCAUUGUACCUUUUGUUUUUUCCAGUGUAAUAUUAACCCCGCCUGAACUUUUUUGAAAUGUGUUGCUGGUGUCAGAUAUUUGUAAAAUGGUUAAAUUGUUCAUUUUUAACAAUUGAUUUGUGUUUUUUUCACUAUUUUCAGAGGACCUUAAAUGAUUUCAAACCACCAAAUCUGUUUUUAUUAACAUUUGAAGAAGUGUCUGAGCUCUCAGGAAUCAUGGCUGUACAUCAAAUCUUGCUUUCAGGUGCAGUCGUAGUCUGCCAACACGUCAGAACUGGCAGAUCCCUCUGAUAAGAUCAAGAAAAUAAAUUUUUCACCACCUGUUUGAAAAAUGAAUAGGAGAGUUAGUCACCUUAAGGCUCUGUCGUCUUAAGAGUUCAUAUUUUUCACAGUGCAUCAAGUUUGCCUUGCCAUCGGGAGGUUUCCGCUUCUUUGCUCCAGAACUUUUACGACCUUGCAUGAACUUUCCUCCCCAAAUAUAACAAAAUUAUGUCAUGGAAAAUUGUCCCAGGCCCUUUUUUAAAGAGGUGACAUGAAGGAAAGGAAGCAAGACUGAAAAACACCAGGGUCGCCAUAAAUUUCCUCUCUGAAGGAAAGCCACUUCAUUCAGGGAUUUUGAAAGUAUAUUUUGUGUAACUUGAUGGAAAACAUCUUGAAGAUUUAUAUAACAAAGCUCUGUUAUUGUCAUCAGUGGAGUUUUUUUGAAGGCUGUGAAUGGAGUAUGAUUUCUCGUCAGUGUCUCCACCAUCUCCUCACACCAGUCUGUCAGCUACUAAAACACUCAAAUAUGAGCAGAAAUCAAUUCAUUUUUCCAGCGCUAAAUUCUGACUUCCCAGUUUCACAUUUCCACAUCACUUCAUCAGCCAGUCUGCUUAAAGCUACUACUGUGCAGACCCUGAAAAUGAGCUCUGCUACAAAUAAUAAAGUCAGGAACACAAUGUGGACAAAUGUCAUAUGAAAAGAGGGGAAAAAAACAGUCGCAAAGCAAUAACAGCAUGCGAGAGAGGAAAAAGAGCAGCAGCAGCAGCCUUUGCAGAGGCCACGGUAGACACUCAUUUAAUAAAUGUCCAAUCUGUUCUGGCAAGUGUCAUAUGUGCAGCGCAGAGAGUUUAGGCUGCACUGCGCUGCAUUCAUUUAGCUUGACAUCAGCCACCGUGCCAAAAGCAGAGACGCAGGAUUUACAGUGUUCAGGAUUAGCUCGGUUCACCACUUCAACCAUAUUUCAUCAUCAGAGGCCCACACUUCAGGGAUAAAGUCCAGGCGCUGCAGGGUUUUUUUCUCAAGUUUGUUUUGGCUUGAAUAAAAACUGUACUAUAGAUAAAACAGGUCUCAUCUGAGGUGAUCAUCUAAUCUAUUUGUAGUAAACUCAAAAUUAAUAGUUUUCAAUAUUUUGUUGAUACAAACAAAGGAUGGAGUGAUUGAAAUUUUUAUUUCAGGACAAAAUGAAACUCUAAGAAGGUCGAGGCUGAAGCUCAUUUACUACUAUCUCUUAGCUCAAAGGAACAUGGCCAUCACAGAAACCGGUUCAUAACUAGAACAGCAGUAACAUUACCAUUAUGACCAUCAUUGUCAUUAAGUUAUUUUUAACUUUAAAAGUUAUUAAGUUAUUUGUUUAGCAGAACAAAAAGUCGAUUAUUUGGCUUGUGAUCGGCUUUGUCUCUUACAAUUCCACUGACUUUCUUUAGCAAUAAAACAUAGAAUCUGGAUUAGUUUUAGAAGUAUUUCACCAUACCUCUACACAGUAGUUGUUGCGCUGGACUAUGAGCAAAUAGUAGAGUUUGUAUGGAGAGUUUUGGAUGAAGAAAUCUUGAGUAUUGUACAGAAUUGCCAUUGGGUUUGAUGUUAUGGCUUCAGUAUGGCUUGUGUGUUUUUCAACUUAGUUUGCUGUCAAUCUCCUGAAAAUGUUCCAUGUAUUAAAAAGGUAAAAGCCCCAAAAUGCUAACUUUAAAAAAAUAUACAAUAUGCACAGCAUUGGUCCAAGGACUGGACCCUGUGGCACCCCACGCAGAACUCUUUGUUGGGUCAUCAUUUUUAGUGUAUGUCUUUGUUUUAUUGUCCCCGGCCUAAAAAGAAACCUCAUCCAAAAAACUACGUUUUUGUUUUUCCAAUAGGACUCUGUUUAGAGUUUCUGCGCGCAGCUGUGGCCCUCUUGUUUUUUUUGUGACAGUAAGAUGAGAAUGUUUUGUUUAUUGGUAUUUAUUUACUGUGAGGAAAUGGAAAAAGAGGGCUAGAGGCCAAGUUCUCAAACAGUCCUGGGAAAAGAAAAGAAACAAGGCAAAAAGCCAGAUUUCCUCUGGACCUUUCUGCUGGGCAGAGGAGGCAGAUGAAUGUACAGGAUGGUUGGUCUGUUUACUGUAUUUGCUGAGUAAUAAGAGUAUUUGGCAGGAUUUCUCCCUCUUUCCAGUAAAAUCAUCGCCUUGGAGCUUUGUUGCUUGUCCUCAGUGUCACCAGAUGUCUUCUGUUCCUCAACAUGUUCUCCCCUUCCUCCUAUUUAGCCAACUUCUCCUUUGCAAUUCACCCCUCUCCUCUGGAGUUGCGUAGCGCCUUCUGACAAUACACUGUAAACCCAGGGACACACACCAGAUAGAUUUCAAACAAUGCUUACUUCCUCUUUCUGGUAAAUUUCUUCAGAAGCAAGUUACAAAGCAGCAUGACACCAACUCCCAAAAAUAACCAAACGAUGACUUCAGCUACUAGAAAAAAAACUCAUAACCACUCUGCCCUCUGGCCCAUACCUCCUAGCUGUUGUGUGCAAAGGCCUGACUGUGCGGACUGCCUCCAAAACGUCAGCUCAAAUCUGAAUAUUCAUGAACACUCAGGAGUAACAAUUAUGGAAAUAAAGCAGAGAAAUGAGGUGUGGUGGUGACAAACAGCGUGUGGGUAUGUCUACCUCAGAUCUGCGAGGGUGAGCGCUUUAGUUUGUGAAGGUGCUCCCUGACAGUAUUUCCCUCUAUCAAUACCUACACCAGACACACAAACACACUCACUCACACACACAGAGCUGCAUUGCAGGCACCGAUGACCUCCAAAGUCUCUCCAACAGCUUUAAUCUAUAUAAUACACCCAGAGGAGAACCCAUCCGUAUGUGUCUGUACAUUAAACCACACCGCCGCGCCUCUCAGCGGUCUUGCCCUGAGAGGUUCAUUAUAGAUCACCAUCACACUGCUAUGAAUGAGCCUGUAAAGACUGUAACUUUGCUUUUAUAGUAAUUAAAACUGUACAGACUGAUACUUAUUUCACAAAUGCACAAAUAAUUUACAGCAGGUAACAUACAACCUUUACAGCAGCUAGCUUUUUACAAUCCUGGGUAGAGAUCAUUUUAGAUUGUGUGCACAAUAUGUCAGAAGAAUCUGCUGAUGGACAGAAAGACAUCUGCUGUGUUAAAUUACUUUUAUUUUUAUUUUUACGCAUUGUUUUUUUUUUUUUUUCACGUUUCAUGUAAAAUCUAAGCGGGCCUGAAGGGUUAAAUUAUCACAGCUGCAGUUCAGACAUUGUAAAAGUUCUGUGAGUUCUUAACAAGAGACAAAAGAUCCUUUAUGUUGAGUACCCAAAAUGAACCCAACUGUGACUUCAAAACCAAGGUCACUGAGAGACCUGAGAGUUUUGUAUGCUGUUGAAACCCUACCAUCCACAGAUGAAUGUGAUUCAUGUGAGUUCAUUUUUUUCCGUGUCACUGUUGAAAAUAAAUCCCUGUUGAUGUAAAGUUUUGAACAUUUAACACAUCCAAGGAAUAACACAGUGUAACACAAGCACAAAUAAUCGGAAUAAAGGCCCGAUGGGAAAAAAAAAUGCGUCAUAUAAACAUGUCGAUCGGAAGAUUCUGAUCCAAUUCGGCUCAAUCGGAUAGAAAUAGUAUUUCGAUCGAGAGGGGUGGUUUAUGCCGAUCGUUAUUCUGAAAUGCGUCCAUGUAAACACUUAAUUCGAUAAUGACUCUCUAACCUGACUCGGUCUUCACUCUUUAUCCUUGUCGCCAAUACAGGAAGUUUCAUUAUUAACACUCUGGCAUAAAACCCAACUGCAAGUUCAGUGUCUGCUCCUCCGAUAACAAGGCAAACAUACAGUGUAAUGAUGUCACAUCUGCACGCACAGAGUAACCUUUAACAGAAAAGUAAAAUAAGUAGGCAAGGGCACCAUCUAUUGACAACAUCUAACAGGGGGAAAAAUCCUGAAUUAGGUGGAGUGAGUCACUACCACGUUUGUUGGUUUGUACGCACAGGCGUACAACUCUUACAACUCUUCUUCUUCUGCAGUUUUUUUAGCGAAAUCAGAUUACUCAUGUCCAAAUGCUUCUAAUCUGAAUAAAACUUGGUGCAUGUAUACGCACGUCAUGAUGGGAUUAUUAGAUUUUGUGCCCGUAUAAACAGUGGAUUCAGAUUUUCUGAUCCCUCAAGAAAUGUCCCUAAACGUAAAUUUAAGACUGUGAUAGAAAGCGAAAUCCCAGCUGCCUCUGUCAAGAUCAGUAAGAUCAACGAGUUAACAUUAACUCUCAGCCCCAUGUCCACUGAAGAAGGGUUGGGCCGUGUGGCGUGGUGGCAUGCAGACUUCCUGGGUGCUUGCUAAGGCUGUCGGCUUCAAUUUCACACGUCAUAAAGCAUGCUCAGCUAUAGAGCAGAGGACAAAUCCACACUGCAGCCCAGGCUCACCGUGCAGCAAUGACCAGCUGCAUGAAACAUGGAAAAAAGUCUUAAUGGUGUCAGUUGUCACAAAAAGAAAAACAAAACGUGCAUCUAUCCUUUGACCAUGUAGGUGACAAAAGGAUAUCAGAGAGGAUGAUUGAAGCUUUAACCUUAAAAGGGUUCAGUGGCUAAUGUUCUUAGCUGUGGCAGGCUUUGAGUUGUGAGGUGCUGAUUGCAUCAGCUGUGAUUUUCUACUCUAGUUUAACACUGAGUAUUAGCAAAAGCUCUGAGGAUGAGAGGAGUCUCAUAUUAUUUAAGGCUUCAAGCAACAAUUGACCUGUAACAUUUGAGGUAGGUGAGAAUUAAGGAAACAUCAGGAGGUCGCUCGGCUGCAUUAAGUGAGAACUGGCCUCCUGUGGUGCCUCGGUGUUUUCUUGUUAGAUCAGCUUGUUAGCAGCUCUGCAGCAGCUGCGUCUCAUGCCAAGUCUGCUGUGGCAGAGAAUAAUAUGAGCUUUAGAGGUUUAUGCUUUGUGCGUGUUAUGCAGUCCGCCAAUGGUUUCGUUGUUCAUGCUCUGUCGCUCUGUCUGAUUAGGUGCAUGUGCAUUAUACAAGGUGAAACUGAGGUGUAAAAUUGGACUUAAUAACCAACCUCAGAAUACUUUUAAUCCAAGGUGAGAUUGCAGGGUAACUCGCAGUGGGAUAGCUACUGAUUGCUUGGGUGAACAAUAGUACAUAAUAAAUGGAUUCUUUGAUAGAAAGAUAGCCUUGAAAUGAUUAAUCACAAUGCCUUUAAACGUGUAAGAUUAAUGCCACUACAUUGUGUAAAAUUAGAAGGGAAAUGUUAGAGUGCUGUAAUGAUACUUUUAAUUUAUGCAGCCUUUAUGGAUCAUCACAGACAUGUUGGUAAAAGCACACAAACAUCAAGAUGUUAAAAAGAAAAAAAAAGAGGAUCUGGGGUAACUGUUCCAGCUGUAAGUGUUUUUAAUUCAAGCAGGAGUGUUGUGUGCUCUGCCUAAUUGAGCCUUGUGUUGUUUGUCCCGGCGGCAGGGCCACAGAGAAGAUCCUGGCCCGGGCACGGCAGCUGGUGGACGUUAAGAAGGAAGAUGGAUUCUCCGCGCUGCAUCUGGCUGCUCUCAAUAACCACCGAGAUGUUGCAGAGAUCCUCAUCAAAGAGGUGAGUUCAAGACAGGAGCAGGUUACAGCCCUUAAAAUUAGUUUCCAUGAUUUAAUCACUGCUGCGUUUACAUUUUAAGUUAUAAUUUAAGAGGUGUAUACAUACUCAAAUUUUUAUACCACUUCUCCAUAACAAGAGAUCUUCUACUGAGCUGAUAGUUACUGGUUAUUACUGCUUUGUGUUCCAAGAAUCCUGCAUUUAACAAAUUUCUGUGGGGUUGUUUGAAUUGCCUCCAGAAAAUUUAUGAUAAGACAACAUGAAAGGUUGGAUGUCAAUUCUAGGGGGCGUUUUUUAGCUGACAGCACCCUCAACCUCAGUUUAGGAUCUAGAUGUGGAUCUAAAAAGCAAGCAUGGGGAGUCUGUCCUUGGUACAGGCCAUCAUAGGAGGUGACCAGGUUGACACCAGAGUUUGAACAGAUUUAACAAAGAGCGCUGAGAGCACAGUGAAAAACAUCAGAUAAAGUUUAGGUUAUUUACACACAAGGCAAACAUUUUAUUGUGCUGUAAAUUGAGAUAAGAGAUAAGAUAUACUUUUAUUAGUCCCACAGGGGGAAGUUUGAAAAUUACAGCAGCAUAAAUACAAAAGAAAAAUUAAAGGAUAAAGAAACUUAAAAAAAAUAAAGACAUGCAUAAGUCUUGUUUACUAUAUAUAUAUAACCAUAAUCUUGUCUUGACAAUUAGUACCAUGCCUCAGGAGUGAGAUUUACGUUUUAAUUUCUUUCAGAGAAAAUUUACCCGCCUUUAUUUGUCUACCACAGGGGCGCUGCGACAUCAACAUUCGCAACAACCGGAACCAGACGCCUCUGCAGCUGGCGGUGACGCAGGGCCACACCGAGCUGGUGCAGCUGCUGGUGGAUGAGGGUGCCGAUGUCAACAUGGAGGACGAGGACGGAGACACGGCCAUGCAUGUUGCCCUUCUGCGCCCACAGCUUGCAAACAUCAUGCUCAGCCCAGCAGUGGGAACCAGCAGCACAGAGGAGAGCAGUGAGGGCUGCUCAUCCACGUCGCUCUACUGCAGGGUGAGAACCAUGACAGAGAGUCUGUUGUUGUCAUUCAGAGUAACUUCAUGCACAUUUAAAAACAAAUCAAGGUUUUUCUCUGGUAUAGCAGGAAACUGAUUCAAAGAUUUGAGCAAAUGUGACACAGUGGAGGCCUGAUCUUUUGCACUUUUUUGUGUGAUUAUCUACUUUGUUUGCAAAUGAGGGACUGUUAAGUCCUCCUUAGCUUGCAGAGAAUUGGCUAUCAACAAAUGCAAGCGUAGGUAGUAUUCAAUUGACAGUAUUGUUUAAACUAAAUCAGAAUCAGGUUUAUGCCAAGUAGGUUUAUACACAGAGAAUUAGUCUUAGUGUUUUAGUGCUAAACAAUAGACACAAGAAGAAAAAUUAAGGUCAAAAGCGUGUGCACAGCAGUAUUAUUGCUCUCAGAGUGGGAUUUGGAUUUAAAACUGGUAUUUUUCUGAUCCUGUUGACUUCACACACAAUUUGAAGGUGCUGUACAGUGACUGCAGCUGCUCACUAACCUAUUAACACUGAUUUCAUAGUAUUGGUUGAACUGAAUGAGCCGAACACCAUUUUCUCAUAAUGUUGACACGUGACCAAAUAUCAGACCCAGUGUGUCAACAUCAAGCAAAGGUCGCAAAUACGAUUACCCAGAUGAAAUAAGGGUUGUUGAAACACUGGACUAGGGGUAAAUAGAGGCUAAAUGAGCGAUAAACAGAUGCUAGGAGGUAGCUGAGGGCUGAAGGGGGGUUAAAUGGAUUAAUGUGGUUUUAAGGGUGUAAAAACAGGCUUAAAGGGGGUAGAUUAUGGGAUAGAUUGACUUAAUAUAAAGCAGGGAGUGAAUGGUAAACAAAAACAGGGUCAAUAAAAGUGAUGUUUACAGUCAGGGGUUAAUCUAGGAUAAAGCUUUAAGGUAAAUGAAGAGUGAAAGGUAGCAGGAGGGAAUAGAAGUCUUCAGGUAAAAGGUUGACUGAGGUGAAAGGUCUUUGCUUUGUUGUGUAAACAGGGGGAGGCGGGUAACUGAGGGGAAAGCUGUCAGAUAGAAAGGUCCUCUUAUGUCAGUGAAAGCUCUGCUUUUAUUUAUAAUACGCUGUUUUUUUUUUCUUAGAAAAUCAGAACAGUAUAAAAAUGUGUGAGCAUUUAAGUCUUAAUGGAUUAUUUUCCUAGAAGAAAAAAUAAAAUCCAACCAUAAUCUGACAAAGCUUGUUCGCUUUGAAGGUACAGUAUGUAGUGGUUAGCAGAACAGACAGAGUACAAAAGAGGGCUUAUUCACACUGACUGGCACAGAAUUUUUUUUAAAUUAAAUUUUAUUUUAACCUGUUCAACCUGAGCAGCAAAAAGUAUGACACUAUAACCAUCAUAUACUGUAUAAUUGAGAUCUCAUACUGUCACUAUAUGGUGCUGGACAGCAGGUGCUAGUAUAGACCUUUAAAAGUCUAACACUUAAGUAGAGGUCUUACUCUCUGUACCCCAUGAGUAUGUAACUGUUAAAAAAAAGGAUGUUAUAUGGAGCACUGCUGCCAUAUUGAUUAAGGCCCUUGCCCAGUGUACAGAUGCUACAGACCUCAUUGCAGGGGCCUCCCAGCUGUGAUCAUGCUUUUUCCUUUCUCUCCUCAACUUUCAUAUCCACAUAAGGCAAACAUUACAUGAAAACGGCAUUACACUUUGGUCUGCACAUGCCCAGCUUGAUGAUAAAAAUAAGGUUUCAUUUGUUCAUUUACUAACUCUUAGGAUUGGGAGAAAAAAUCGAUACAGCACAAUAUCGCGACAUUUUGUCUGGCGAUAUAUCGUAUCGUCUCAUUAACCAAGUAUUGAUUUUUUCAAAUUAACUGUUAAUAUGACGUCAAAUCUGUGAUAAUGGAAAAAUAAAAUCAACUGUUUGUCCAGUGAAGUUGGCAGAGGUGACAUCAUAGAGCAGGAGAAAGUUAGAACAACAAAUAUAGAUUAGGUUUCUAAGAUGUGCUACAUGAAAAUAAAAUACAGCCUAAAUAAGACAAACAUGAAGGAAAGACAAAUGCUAAACUAGCUAAACAGUUGAAAAAAUUAUAUAAAUUGCAAUAUAUUGUAUUGCAGUACUUACUGUAUUGCAAAAUAUUACAAAUCACGAUGAUAUUGUAUCGUGGGCCCACUGGUGAUUGUACACCCCUACUAACUCAUAGUGAAUGUUACCUCAGGACACAAAUGAGUAGCUCUAGAAUGAACUGCCACUGAAGAUAAUUUACAGAAAUCAAACAUGAGCGUCUAACUUGACAAACACUUGAUAGAAGUUUCCAACAGUGGUAAGAACCUCUGUGUGUGACACCAUUUACUUCACACAUAAGAAAAAAGAUAACUGCAGUGUUGAACACAUGCUGACGAUCAUUAGAUUUUAAAAUCCCCUCUGUGACACUUUCUCAGCAUCCCUUUUUCACCCCAACAUCCCACCGAUCCCACCAGCACUGAUACUAAAUAUUAAGAACCCUCCACUCUUCGCUUUUUGCAGCAUCUUUGAAUGAGCACUGAAAUCACUGUUACAUCAGAUCAUGCUGAUAUCAUUGAAAAAUGUCCUUCCCAGUCUACAUGACCGCAAACACUGCAGCCUCCACUCAAUAUCCUGGACACCUGCCAAACCAGCACACACACACGCUAAUACACACAUACAAACACACACACACAUGUCCCUUGUAGGUGGCUAGACUUAAGUGCUCAGGGCUGUUUUGUCCGCUGUCAGCAGACGAGUUAUUGGGCGAGUUCUCGGGCUGAUUAGAUUUAGCUUUGUGUUUCAGCCUGAGCAGGAUUGUGUUGAUUUUAAUUCAAUUACCUUUUUGUUUUUUCAUAAUCAGCUGUGUCCUCGCCCACUAAUUACCCUUACUUCUUAUCCGUAUUACGAGCAUGUUUGUAGAUUACACUCUGCGUCAAAAUCCCAUUUGUUCAAACUCCUCUACUUUCUUUUGUUUUUCCGUCCCGGAUUCCCCUCACCGUCCUCGUUGUUUGUUUACAGCUGAACGCAUCGGGUCUUUUGGGGAACACAGAGAUGAGUGUCGGCGCAGCGAUCGCUUGUUUUCUAGCGCAGGAAGGAGCUGACAUCAACUACGCUAACCACAAGGGCAAGAGUCCGCUGGACCUGGUGGCAGACAGCACCAUGACGCAGCUCAUCAAGAGCUUCUCUGAGAAACACAGGUUGGUGUCUGUCACAGUAAGAGUUAUAUUCUUGAUUUAGAGUCCGUUUAAAGGUGGAAAAUGCUCUUUCUGUGAUGGCAUGUCAUCAAACUGUACGUUAUCUUGUUAGGUUGCAGCGUCUACAGGCCAUCACAUGUGGACAGGGCCUAAGCAGCGCCAGCCUACGGAGAGUCCACACUACACCUAACACCAUGACAAACCUGGUUCUUCCCACACCGCCGGGGCCCAGUGAAUGCCUCAUCUGCUCUGAGCUGGCUCUGCUGGUUCUCUUCUGUCCCUGCCAGCACAGCGUGGCCUGUGAAGGUGGGUGGAAGCUUGGAGUUAAAGCAGGGGUGGGAUGAAGCCAACGGCAGCAAAGGGCCACACCGUUAUCAGUACUUGGAAAUGAGUAUGUGUGAAAACAGGAGAGAAAAUGAAAGGUUCUUGUCAUUUUUUGGUUUUGGUUCAAUCUUGGACUGAUCUAAAGCUGGAUUAUUAAAACAACAACUGAGUUUCUAUGAGUAUCAAUGUUAGUGAUGUAUCAGCCCAUAGUAGAGGUCUGAAUGUUUGAAUGUUAGACAAUGCUGAAUGAGAUGACUUCCUCUUCUUAAGAGUUAUAAAAGAAAAGACUUGAAGAUGAAAAAAGAAAACUAUUGAAAUUAAAAAGGAUGAUGAUGAAAAAAUGAAGUAAAACAGGUCAGGCUGCCACUUUAAACACCUUUGAAAUGAAAUUGGUUUUUUUUCAGUACCUUUUCAAAUUCACACCAGAACUGUUUGGCCCACUUUAAAUGAACCACAGUUUGUUUCCUCAUAUAGUCUGGUAUGUUUGGAGCGGUCUGAAAGCUCUCAUGAACUCUGGACCAAACAAGUGAACUCUAGCAUUUAAGCAUUUGCUUCUUCCUGUCCCUUCUUGAACAAUUAUGGUUGUAUUUUAUUAUUGUUGCUGAUGUAUUGGUGUUAUUUGUUCAAGACAAAUAAAAUAGAAAGAAAUAGAAAUAGUCCCCUUUAAAAAAAAACAGGGGGAGGGGCUCAAUUUGCUUCUAAGUGAACCCUGGUGCAGUUUGAACAAAGCAGACCAUCUCAGGAACCAAAGGCUGGAAGUGACAUGAAGGGCAGUGCACCUGUUUGUCAAUAUCCCACUCUGCUUCUGCGUAACUAUGGCAACAACACGUUGUCUUCUCUUGCUAGGCAGGCCUACUGAUUCAUUUGUCUCAUGUUAAGAACAACGUGCUGGACAUCUUGCUGCCCUGCUUUCUGUUCAUACUUCGCACACUACCCAUGACCUACAUGUUCCAGCCUGUGGCCUUUGUCAUUUAAAUAGAGUAGAUUUAAAACAGCUGAAUCAGUCACAUCCAAUCAUAAGGAUCCACAAACAUGUCAGCCAGUUGGGCGAUUGCAAAGUUGGGACGUGUGAUCAUGUGACAGUCCCAAGUUGAGUGUUCAAUGAGGCAGAGAGGUUUUCUUUGAUUUCUCCUUAUUCUCCAUGCGCCCUGAAAGUAGGAGAAAAAGUGCCAGAAAUCCCCCGCUCUGGAAUUUGAUCAAAUUAAACGUUUAAAAAGACUCAAACCAAAUGUGUUUUUUUUCCUUUCAUCCUUGCUCUGACAGAGUGUGCUCAUCGAAUGAAGAAAUGCAUCAAAUGCCAAGUCACAAUCACCAAGAAGAUUAGACAAGGUGAGAAGACGGGUGUGUGGGAUUGUUUAGAGGAGGAUAUCGACAGUCGUGUUUCACACAUUUUUAUUUUUGUUUUGAUAAAAAGAAGGAAAAACACCCAAUAAAACCUGUAUUUAAUACGGAUGGUUACCUCUUUGUUAAGGAUAAGCUACUUGUAGAACUUCUAGACAUGAUUCCUGAUACAGCCUUGAAUUCUGUCACAGCAGGAAAGUGUCUGCAUGUGUCUGAAAAUCUUCCUUUUCUAACACCACACUUGUUGAUGACCCUCCUCCUCCCCACAGACCAAACAGAGGUGGACUGCAGCCCCGGCACCGAGAACUCAGAGCAGCACAACCUGCUGGAACAGCUGCAGUCUCGCUACCGGCAGAUGGAGGAGCGGAUCACCUGCCCCAUCUGCAUCGACAACCACAUCAAGCUGGUCUUCCAGUGCGGACACGCCUCCUGCAUCGACUGCAGCGCCGCCCUCAAGACCUGCCCCAUCUGCCGGCAGACCAUCAGAGAGCGCAUCCAGCUAUUCGUCUGAGCUCCUCUUGUCUUCUCAGCUCUUCAACAGCCAAAGAGGAUGUCAGAGGGGGGACGGGGGGAGGAAUGGGAGGGGGCAGCUGUUACAUUUUCAGAAUCUGUGACCUUUCUCUGCCUGUCACACCUUCCUGCUCCCCUGCUCGCCCCUCAAACUUUACUACAUGACGCUGUGUUACAUCGCUGAGAGUCCGCUGUUACAUUUGCAGAAGUUUCCCUCGUGAUCAGCACAGACAGGAACCUGUCCAUGACUUUUGACGUGAUUUUCAGCGUAAGAACUGAUGACGGGAAACGGAUGAGGGGGAGUCUGACUCUGACUGGGUAGCCUGGGUGAAAAAGGUCCCCCGCUACUUCUGUCCCUCACGCCCGCUCAGCCUCCACCUUCUGUAAUCUGUCCUCUCUUUGCUGCUUUAAGUGGAUGUCUGUUACCCAUCAUCCUCUCUGGCUGUCUGGCCUCCUCUGUUUACACGGCUGCGCAGAAACAGUCCCGUCUUCUCGCCCCUCUCGGCCUGUCCUGUGAAAUAUGUUUGCUCUCAUUUGUACCAAUCUCUUAAUAAUCAGUGUUAGUCUCUGCAGAGGGAGUUGGUAUAACUAAAGGCUCUCUAUAUAGUCCCCAGCCACUGGCCUGUAUGCAAGGGGGAAAUACACUAUGUAUGCAUGAAGAAAUGCAUAUUGUAAAGCUGAAAAUGACUGUGUCGUCAUGGGUGGUUCGUCGUCGUCGUCAGUGUUUUCUUUCUCUCUGGUUACAUUUGUGGUUUUUAUCGUUACCAAUGAUAAGUACAGGUUUUUAUUUAUGUGUGAAAGAUGGUGUUCUGUAGUAACGUCCUUUUAUCAGUUAGCGUGUUUUCUUGGCAAAAACCUUUUUGUUUGUAUUGAAUUUCACCCCAAGCCUAUGUCCUCUACUCAGGGUAUCAAAUCAUUGAAAGCACUUGUGAUAUCCAUAAAGGUCAAUGAGCGCCCCCCUCCACACACACACACACACACACACACACACACACACACACACACACACACACACACACACACACACACACACACACACACACACACACACAAAUCAACACAAACAUGGCCUGCAUUACAAAGCUGCAGAUCAUCUUAGUGAGGGUUCACGUUAAAGAGAAGGUCAAAAAGUUUAGCUAAUUCACGUGUGACGCUCAGAAUAUCAUCUUUAUCAGUGAAGUGAAUGUUUGUGGAAGAGUUUCUGCAACAGAACAGACAUUUAUCUCAAACAGAAAAAAAAAACAAAAAAACACCCCAGUCAGCUCUUUUAGUUGCGUUGAAUUGAGUAGGUUUGCCUGUUUGUGUCUGAGGAUCGCUUUCAGGUGUACAGACUUUGACCAGCACGGGGUUUACAGGGGAGUACCUGUGUUCAGUUUUUUUUUCCACCACAUGUAUUGUAAGAUAUAGAAAAUCAGAAGGGCAAAAACAUGACAUUGUUGUGUUGCACCUCAAACUCCAUGUCUCCUUUCUUAGUCCGCUCAUGUCAGAAAAACCCUCCGCCUUUUCUCCUCUCUAGUUCUGGAUUGUACAUCAUCAUCUUCAUCCUCUCUGAUGUUUUGAUGUGUUUUCUUGAAGGGCUUAUGCAUAUAAGAAAAAAAUACUAUUUUAAUCUUUAUUUAAUUUUAAUUUUUUAUGAUAAACUUUUGAAGACAGGAGUUCAUUUUGUUUUUUUUUGUUUUUUUUUUUCUUAUUUUGAUCCCAAAUUUUGGGAGAGCCAAUGUUAAAGAUGUACAUUUGAAUGUCGGGGAAAAAUGUAUCCUGUCUCACUCUGCCUUUUUUAUGUGUAAAGAAAAAAAGAUGUGAGAGGACAGAGCUGGAGCAGCUGAGAUGUGUUUACCAGGAGGUUUACUUUGAGGAAAGAACUUUUACAUCAGUGCCAAAUCGCAUGAGGAUGUGCAUGGGCAUGCACGCCCAAUUUUAUCUAGACACUCUAUGCUAAAACCCUGAGCUGAAGCGAGGGUUCAAUUAUUCCAGCAGUGUUACUGAAAUAAAAGCAAAGAUUUAAAUUUAAUAACGUUAAAUUCAGACAUGUUCACUCUGCUCUCUCAGUUCUUGGUGUUAGCUGUGAAGCUCAUGGUGUUAGCAUCCUGAUUUUAGCUGUAGAGCUCUGAACGUCCUCUCUCACGUCCUCUAUGACGAGUGAUGAAACAUUCACUUUGAGAAAAUGAUAAGUCCCAUAUUGUUUGGAGCUUUUUACAAGUCUAUAUUUAUAUUUAUGAGACAUUAUCAAUCAAGGGACGAGUUUCUUACACAAAUUUCAACAUUUUCAAGGAUUGUGCGAUGGUGUUCUGAGUUUAGAUGGAUUUACAGGCAAAGGCAAUAAACAUGGAAACAUGAGGAAGAUGUUGAGUUCUUUCUUUUGUCCGUCUGAAGGGGGCGGCUGUGAGGGCGGGAAACAAUUUAUGUAUAAAAAAAAACACUAUAAAAGCAGCAAAUGUUACUCUUGGUGUUUGUACAGUUCAGCUCUUGGAGUUCUGAUGUUGGCCUUACUUUCCAUUCCUCCUCUGUUGAUGUUUUUUCAGUUGUAUUCUGUACAAAAAUAUUUUGCAAUAAAUAUGGAACUGUUUUAUAAGGACUCGGUGUAGACUGGCUGUGUUUGUAUUUGUUGUGUUUUUGUUGCAUUGUACAUUUGACCGUUAUUAUGCUCCUAUUUGUCCCACUGGUGACCUGGUGUGAUGCUGUGCCAACUCCGAUUAUGAACAACUUGUGACAUUUCGAAGGGGUAGAGAUUUUUUUUUCCUUUUUAAAGGCUCCCACUUUCUGUUUUCAGGUGUAAAGCGAACAUCAACCCUGGGGCAACAGCAGUUUAAAUCAACUUGUUAGAUUUUGAACCCGAGCGCGGCCUCUAAAGCAGCUUGGGUGGGUUUAGGUCCCACUUGGAGGUGUUUCAAAGGGACUCAUUUCCUCGCUGUUGAAGUUACAUUUUUAUUAAAUAGGACAGCUGAAGAGAGACAGGAAAAGUGGGGGCAGACAUGUAGCCAACCCCAGAAUCCAACUAGAGGAGUACUGUCAUGAGGACUGUAGCCUCUAUACAUGGGACCCUUAGACUGCUGGGCCAUUGGGGCCCCAAGUACAAGCUAUUUAACCCAGCUAACAACCAGAUCAUAGAGUCUGUGUGUAAAGAUGUCAAAACCCCACGCCUGUCUCCUUUUUGUUUCCAGCUCUAUCCACUGUCCUCACCUCUCUAUAACACAGCUGAAGAAGGUCGUCAAAUAAUAGAAAAGCAGAUUCUGACACCACUCAGAAAUGUCAUGAUAUAUGUGUGCACUCGUCUCAUUUUACAGGUAUUUUAAAUUACUGCUCCCCCAGGUAUGUCUGCAAUCAACCAGUUUGACAGGACUGUAAAACUGCUGAUAUUACAUCAUUUCCUGACCUAUUUAGCAUCCCCAGCCUCCUCCAGAUUCUCCUCUGAGCAGUGGAGCAGGUUUCUGUUUGCUGUAACCCUCUUAGUCUCGCUAGUAUCAGUGCAGCGUCUCCAGUUAAAUGCUGCUGUGUGCCACUUCUUAGUCCUAAUUGUCUUACAGCUCAGAUGGCUUUGGCAUAUGACUCAGCGCUUUAGCAGUGACGUCCUCCCUGAGGACAGACAGCUCUGGACACUGUGGGGAACCACAGAGCAACAGCAGUCUAAAAAAGUGUUGUUAUGACAUUAUUCACAGAGCUGGAGAAGAAAUAUGCAAUCAUUUAUUCAUACACCCAUGCACAGGUGCGCCGGAUCGUAUACACUAUGUAGAGGUCUGUCAGUAAUUAUUUGAUAAGUUAUUAUUGAGCAGCUACAAAACAAA